UCCCAGCCUUGCCUCGGGUGUAGGGAUUGCAGGGAAAAGCAAAACUACACGGCAAAGACCCUGUGUAGUUUUGUUUUUUGGGAUAAUUGAGGCCAACCGUUCUCACGUUGGAUUUUCUGAACAGAUUUCUGGAUAAGGAGAUUGUUUUAGAAGAUAUCACUCCCUUGGGCACCGCCCCUUCAAUUCUAGGCACUCUUGUGAACACAAGGUGCCUACCAACAUGUCCACACAGGCGCCAACGUUUACACAGCCGCUUCAGAGCGUUGUGGCACUUGAGGGUAGUGCCGCAACGUUCGAAGCUCAAGUUAGUGGUAAUCCAGUUCCUGAGGUGAGCUGGUUUCGUGAUGGCCAGGUUCUUUCCACUGCCGCUCUGCCCGGCGUUCAGAUCUCGUUCAGCGAUGGCCGCGCUGUUCUGAAGAUCUCUGCCGUGACAGCCGCACACAGUGGACGAUUUUCUGUGAGAGCCACCAAUGGCGCUGGACAAGCCACUAGCACCGCUGAACUUCUUGUUACAGCGGAAACCGCGCCGCCCAACUUUACUCAGAGACUGCAAAGUAUGACCGUGAGACAAGGAAGCCAAGUGAGACUGGAUGUUCGUGUGACAGGAAUCCCUACACCUGUGGUGAAGUUCCUCAGGGAGGGAGCUGAGAUUCAAAGCUCCGCUGACUUUCAGAUUGUACAAGAUGGAGAUCAAUACAGUUUGUUGAUUGCAGAAGCCUUCCCAGAGGAUUCUGGGACCUAUUCUGUCAGUGCCUCCAACAGCAGUGGCCGUGCCACCUCUACUGCUGAACUGCUCGUUCAGGGUGAGGAAGUAGCAGUACCUGCUAAGAAGACAAAAACAGUUAUUUCUUCCUCUCAGAUUUCGUCCUCCCAGAUUUCGUCACGUCAGGCAAGGGUGGAGAAGAGAAUGGAAGCUCAUUUUGAGUCAUCCUCCAGUUCAGCAAUGAUGAUUGAGGGAGGUGCUAUGACUGAGCGCCUGGCACACAAGACCCCCCCACGGGUGCCCCCAAAGCCGACCUCAAGGUCCCCACCUUCAGCAAUGGCGAAAGUGUCCGCCACUCGCCACCAGUCCCCCUCCCCCGUGAGGCCUGUGAAAGGACCAGUACCAGGCCCAGUCAGGUCUGUGUCCCCUGCCGCCAGCAGGCUGUCCGUGUCCCCCAUUCGGCCGGUCAAGUCCCCAAUCAUGAUUCGUAAGCAGGUGAUCCAGACCACAGAGGUGCUGCCGCCGUGGAAACAGGCAGGCUACGCGUCGGAGGCCAGCUACACUGCCAUGACCUCUGGAGCCACUCACAUGCAGACCUCGGUCACCCAGCGUGCCUCGUGGGAGAGCUCUGUUAGUGUGCAGCAGCAGCAAGUGAGUGGGAUGUCCGUGAGCGGAAUGUCCAUGACUGAAAUGGCCACCAGUGGAAUGGCCGUCAGUGGGAUGACCACCAGUGGAAUGGCCGUCAGUGGGAUGACCACCAGUGGAAUGGCCGUCAGUGGGAUGGCCGUGAGUGGGAGUGGAAUGGCCGUAAAAGAGGAACACCAAAUGCCGGAUGACAAAACAGCCGCUGUUGCUACGGUGGUAGCUGCAGUGGAACAUGCUCGUAGUCGAGAGCCUCAAAGUGGCUCUGUCGAAUUGUCCACUCAUGAGGUCACCAUCACCUCUGCACAAACUACAUCUACAGCAGAGCAGACAGAACAGGAGGAAUCCCAGGAAGUAUCUGAUACCACAGUGUCCCUUGACAUCAGUUUUGGUGCACCAUAUGCUGAAAGCACCAUACAGGAAAUUUCUUCAACUAUAGAGAUCACACAAGAGGUUGAGAAAUCUGCUGUGAUGGUCGCAGAUGUUGACCAGGCUAGUGAGGUACUUACUGUUUGCUCACUGGUAGAGCACUGUGAACUGGACACUUCCUCUGUGUCGCAUAGUCCCACAGAACAGGAGCAGGGCGAGGUUGGGAAAAAGGCCGGUGCUGUGGCCACUGUGCUUGCUGCCGUCGAUCAUGCACGCGUGCGCAAGCCUGUGCAUGCCGAGAGGGCCGCCACCGCUGAAGAGGAAACCGUAGAGUUCGAUGUAUCACAGCAGGCCAUGUUUGCCGCUGAGCAACAACAACUACAACAACAACAAGUCAGAGCAAGGGCUGAGGCCACACUAAUGCCCUCUGCUGCUGAAAAGACUGUUCAUAUCUCCCAGAUCCAAAGGAGCACAGAAACCAGCACCUAUGUGGACACUGGCCUGGCUCCUUCCCCCAUACCACACUUUACAGUUUCAAAAGUUACUGUGCCUAAAGCUGAACAUAGCCAUGAGGUCUCAAUAGCAGGCUCGGCUAUUGCCACUCUCCAGAAAGAGCUAUCGUCCAGCCACGGUGCUCAAAAGAUCAUCAAGCCUGUCAAGGCCCCGACUCACAGGGUCAUGGAAAUGAGAGUGACCCCUGAGCCGACCCUUCCUCCGUUUAGAGACGAGCGAUAUCAGGCGCAGUACGAGACACAUUUGCAAAGCGAGAUAGGCGCUUCCUACGCAGGUGGCAUGGAGCAGGCUUAUGGCGAAUGGGAGGACCAGGCUAUGGAAAUUGCAGCUGUCCCAGCUGAACAAGAAGCAGUUGUGCCUCCUACACUUGUUGCUGCCUUGAAAAACGUGACCGUCACAGAGGGAGAAUCUGUGACUUUGGUGUGCCAGAUUUCUGGAACCCCAGCCCCAACCAUCAUGUGGUUCAGGGAGGACUACAAAAUUGAGAGCACCAUUGAUUUCCAAAUUACAUAUGAGGGUGGAUAUGCCCGCCUGGUGAUCCGUGAGGCCUUUGCUGAGGACAGCGGUCGCUUCACUUGCACUGCUACCAGCCCUGCUGGGACAAUCAGCACAUCUUGCUACCUGCUCGUCAAGGUAUCUGAAGAGAUUGAAACCAGAGAGGAAAUCACCAUUGUCUCCGGUGAAGUUAUUUCUGCAGAAGAGAAACGUGUUAUAAGCGAGGCAAGGGAGGAGACCAUGUCUGAACUGAGCGCAGUCUCUGAAACUGUGGAGGCUGGUGCAGGUGUGGCACCCUUCUUUGUAAAGAAGCCUUUUGUACAAAAGCUGGUCGAGGGAGGAAGUGUUGUGUUCGAGUGCCAGGUUGGAGGAACACCCAUGCCUCACAUUUAUUGGAAGAAGGGUGGUGUGCCUCUCACAACUGGAUAUAGAUACAGAGUAUCUUACAAUAAGGAGACCGGCGCCUGCAAGCUGGAAAUCUCCAUGACAUUUGCUGAUGAUGCAGGAGAGUACACUAUUGUGGCAAGGAAUCAAAUGGGAGAGUCCUCUGCCUCUACUAACCUCCUUGAAGAGGAGGAAUAUGACGCCUACAUGAAGCAAUAUGAUGUGACCUACAAGACAGAGAUGACUGCCAUGGUGCAGGAACCUAGAGUCGGAGACGUUCCCCCUGUGAUAGUGAGUGAAUAUGAGAGAGAACAGUAUCUCACACAGAAGACGACGACAUAUGUUUCUGGACAGGAAUUCCAAAUAUCUGCUUUUGAGCAGAGAAUAAUCCAAGAGAUUGAGAUUCGCAUCCUGAAGAUAACAUACCAACAGAUAGUGACUGAAGAUAGGGAAGAGAUGGUCAUCAAUGUAGCCGAACAUGAAGCUCGGCAGCCCACCUUUGACACACCUGUCAAAAACUACAGAAUCCUUGAAGGCAUGGGGGUCACAUUCCACUGCAAAAUGGGUGGCACUCCACUGCCUAAGAUUGCCUGGUACAAAGAUGGCAACCGCAUCAGCCACGGAGGCCGUUACCAGAUGGAGUUUCUCCAGGACGGAAGAGCCAGUCUGCGUCUGCCCGUGGUGCUGCCAGAGGAUGAGGGUGUCUACACUGCUUAUGCUUGCAACAUGAAGGGCACUGCUGUGAGCUCUGGGAAGCUGUACAUUGAGCCUUCUGCUCCCCAGGGUGUUCAGCGCCAGUACCCACAGCCAGAGGCCAUGACAAGAAUUAGGUCCACAUCUCCUCGUUCUACCAGCUACUCUCCUGGGCGUUCCCCUAGCUUCUCCCCUGGACGUUCUCCAAGCUUUUCUCCCGGUCGUUCUCCCGGGCGUUCCCCAGCCCGUAGGCUUGAUGAUACUGAUACAACUCAGCUUGAAAGGCUGUACAAACCGGUGUUUGUCCAGAAGCCAUCUUCCUUCAGGUGCUCCGAGGGGCAGACAGCAAGAUUUGACCUGAAAGUUGUUGGCAGACCCAUGCCAGACACAUUCUGGUUCCACAAUGGUCAACAGGUUGUUAAUGACUACACUCACAAGAUAGUGAUCAAGGAAGAUGGAACUCAGUCAAUGAUUGUGGUUCCAGCCAUGCCCAAUGACUCCGGAGAAUGGACCGUGGUGGCCCAGAACAGAGCUGGAAAAACUACUGUUUCUAUGACUCUCACAGUUGAUGCCAAAGAAAACUUGGUGCGACCCCAGUUUAUUGAGAAGCUGAAGAACGUCAGUGUCAAGGAGGGCUCUUUGGUUGCGCUGGCUGUCAAAGCCAUUGGAAACCCUCUCCCUGAUAUUGUCUGGCUGAAAAACAGCGAUAUCAUCUCAUCCCACAAAUAUCCUAACAUUAAGAUUGAAGGUGUCAAAGGAGAGGCCCAGUUCAAAAUCCCCACAGCUGUUGGAUUUGACAGUGCCUGGUACACUGCUACAGCCAUUAACAAAGCCGGACGGGACACCACACGCUGCAGAAUCAACGUUGAGGUUGAGCACAGUGAACCAGAGCCUGAGCGGAGACUCGUUAUUCCCAAGGGGACCUACAAGGCCAAGGAGAUUGCUGCCCCAGAGCUGGAGCCACUGCAUCUUCGCUAUGGUCAGGACCAGUGGGAGGAGGGAGACCUCUAUGAUAAAGAGAAACAGCAGAAGCCCCAUUUCAAGAAGAAGAUGACAUCAGUCAGAAUGAAGCGCGUUGGACCUGUGCACUUUGAGUGCAGACUGACUCCUAUUGGUGACCCCAACAUGAUGGUGGAGUGGCUACAUGAUGGGAAACCUCUGGCUGCUGCCAACAGGAUGCGCAUGGUGAAUGAAUUUGGAUACUGCAGCCUGGACUACGAGGUUGCUUACGCAAGAGACAGUGGCGUCAUCACCUGUAGGGCCACUAACAAAUUUGGUGUCGAUCAGACCUCUGCCACACUGAUUGUGAAAGAUGAGAAAAGCCUUGUCGAGGAAACUCAGCUUCCCGAGGGAAGGAAAGGCAUUCCCAGGAUGGAUGAGAUAGAGCGCAUGGCCCACGAGGGUGGCCCUGCAGGUGUGUCUGGAGAUGACUACACAGAGAAAACAAAACCUGAAAUCGUCUUGCUUCCAGAGCCCGCACAAGUAUUGGAAGGGCAAAUUGCCAAAUUCCGCUGCCGUGUGACUGGGUAUCCAACUCCCAAAGUCAACUGGUACCUGAAUGGACAGCUUAUCCGCAAGAGCAAGAGAUUCAGGCUUCAGUAUGAUGGUAUCUACUACCUUGAGAUUACUGACAGCAAGUCCUAUGACUCUGGAGAAAUUAGAGUCGUUGCCGAGAAUCCCGAAGGUGUUGUUGAGUACACUGUGAAGCUGGAGAUCCAACAGAGGGAGGACUUCAGGACGAUUCUCAGACGCGCCCCUGAGAUUAAACCCACAAUUGAACCCUUCGGAGAGCAUGGCAGAGUGUCUUUUGAAGUUGUGAAGGUUGACAAGCCUAGUGAGGUCUCCCAGCAGAAAGAGGUCGUAAAACUGAGAAAAGUUGAGAGAGUUGUCCAUGACAUAUCUACAGAGGAGACGGCAGAACUGAGAAGCAAAUUCAAACGUAGGACAGAGGAGGGCUAUUACGAGGCUAUUACUGCUGUUGAGCUCAAGAGUCGCAAGAAGGAUGAGUCUUAUGAGGAAAUGCUGAAGAAGAGGAAAGAUGAGCUUCUUCACCACAUCAAGGAAAUGUCUGAGGCUGAGAGGAAGAAGAUGGAAGAACAAGGCAAAGUCACCAUCCCCACCAUUAGACCAGAAAAAGUGGCUCUCUCUCCCAGCAUGGAGGCUCCAAAGAUCCUGGAGCGUAUCCAGAGCAAAACAGUUGCUAUUGGAGAUGAGGUUCGCUUCCGUUGUAGAGUUGUCGGAAAACCAGACCCAGAAUGCCAGUGGUUCAAAAAUGGUGUCUUGCUGGAGAAAUCUGACCGUGUUUACUGGUACUGGCCUGAAGACCAUGUCUGUGAACUGGUGAUUAGAGAUGUCUCUGCAGAGGACUCUGCAAGUGUCAUGGUCAAAGCUAUCAACAUUGCUGGAGAGACCUCUAGCCAUUCAUUUUUGUUGGUGCAAGCCAAGCAAGUUAUUACAUUUACUCAAAAACUGGAAAACGCACAUUCCAAAGAGAAGGACACCAUGGUUACCUUUGAAUGUGAAACAAAUGAGCCUUUUGUUAAAGUCAAAUGGCUGAAGAACAAUGCUGAGAUUUUCACUGGUGACAAAUACAGGAUGCACUCUGACAGAAAAGUACAUUUCCUGUCUGUUCUAAUGAUCACCAUGAAAGAUGACGAUGAAUAUUCUUGUGUUGUUAUUGAUGAUGACCAAGUAAGAACUUCUGCCAGACUCCAUGUGGAAGGUGCCGCUCUUGAAAUUCUGAAGAAACUGGAGAGUGUUGAAGUCCCUGAAACAUAUUCUGGAGAAUUUGAAUGUGAACUGUCUCGUGAAGAUGCUGAGGGAACAUGGUACUUUGAAAACAAGGAGAUCACUCCCAGCUUGAAAUAUGUUGUGUCCUCUCGCCGUGGACGUCACGGUUUGUCUGUGAAAGAUGUCAAGAAGGAAGAUCAGGGCAAAUACAUUUUCAAAGUUGGAAAUUUGAGCACAAGUGCUUCCCUGAAGAUGAAAUUGCGUCCUAUUACUCUGAUGCAAGGCCUCUCUGACCUGACUGUCUGUGAGGGUGAUAUUGCUCAGCUGGAGGUGCGCUUUUCACAAGAGAAUGUUGAGGGAACAUGGAUGAGAAAUGGACAACCCGUCUCAGCUUCAGACAGAGUUCACAUUGUCAUUGACAAACUGGUUCAUAAGCUGCUCAUUGAAAAUGUCAACAGAGAUGAUGCAGGAAUGUAUUCCUUUGUUGUUCCUGCUCAUGAUAUUUCCACGACUGGAAAGCUUACAGUGCAAACAAUUGGCAUCUUGUCACCACUCAAGGACGUUACCUCUAUUGAAGGCACCAAGGCUGUUCUGGAGUGUAAGAUCUCUGCAGCUGAUGUCAGCUCAGUGAAAUGGUACCAUAAUGACAAGCAGGUGAUGGCCACAGACAGAAUCCAGAUGGUUGCCAAGGGAACCAAACAGCGUCUGGUGCUCACCAGGUCCUUUGCCUCUGAUGAAGGUCAAUACAAGCUGGUUGCUGGCAGAGUUGACACAAGCUGCAAAGUGACUGUUGAGAAAAUUUCCAUUGUGAAGCAUAUGGAGGACCGUGUUUGCACAGAGACCCAGAAUGUGACUUUUGAGGUGGAGUUGUCUCACCCUGGUAUUGAUGCAGUUUGGACCUUAAGGAACAAUGUGCUCAAAGCAGGUGCAAAAUACAAGAUGGAGUCCAAAGGCAAACGCUACAGCCUUACAGUCAUCAAUACCAUGAAGGAUGAGGAGGGGCAGUAUGCAUUUGCUGCUGGAGAGAAAACAUCCAGUGCAAGACUUACUGUAUCAGGUGGUGCUAUCAACAGACCCCUUCAGGACCAGACUGUGGCAGAAUCUCAGAGUGCUGAGUUUGAGUGCGAAGUCGCCAAUGCCAGUGCUAAGGGCAAAUGGCUGAAGGAUGGCCAGCCUGUUGACUUCAGUGAUAAUGUCCACAGCGAAGACAAGGGUGCUGUGAGGCGCCUUAUUAUUUCCAUUACAAGGACUCAGGACGUUGGUGAAUACACCUACCAGGUGGCCAACUCCAAGACAUCAGCCAACCUGAAAGUUGAAGCUGUAAAAGUGAAAAAGACUCUUAAGAACCAAACUGUGACUGAGACUCAGGAGGCUGUGUUCAGCCUUGAGCUCACCCACACAAAUGUGAAGGGAUCUCAGUGGACCAAGAAUGGCGUUGAGCUUGUUCCAAGUGACAAGUAUGAAAUCACCAUGGAUGGCAUGGUGCACACUCUAAAGAUCAAGAACUGCACCACACAAGAUGAAUCGGUCUAUGCAUUCAAACUGGGAAAACUCACUGCCAAUGCCAGACUGAAUGUUGAAACAAUCAAAAUUGUGAAGAAGCCAAAAGACAUCACCUGCCUGUUGGAUGCCACUGCCUCCUUCGAACUGAGCCUAUCCCAUGACAACAUUCCAGUGAAAUGGAUGUUUAAUAACAUCGAACUGAAGCCAAGUAACACCUGCCAGAUACAGUCAGAGAGGAAAGCACAUAAACUUAUCAUCCAGAACAUUGACGCCAGCAAGGCUGGGGAAUACACUGCUGUGGUUGGACAUCUGCAAUGCAGUGCCUACCUGCAUGUUGAAUCCCUGCGUGUCACAAAGCCUAUGAAGAAUAUUGAAGUCCCUGAGACCCAAGUGGCAACCUUUGAGUGUGAAGUGUCACACUUCAAUGUACCAUCCACUUGGCUGAAGAAUGGUGUGGAGAUCGAGAUGAGUGAGAAGUUCAGAAUUGUGGUGCAGGGAAAGCUCCACCAGCUCAAGAUCAUGAACACCAGCAGAGAUGACGCAUCAGAGUACACCUUUGUCUGUGGAAAUGACAGAGUCUCUGCAACACUGACAAUUAGCCCCAUUUUGAUCACCUCCAUGCUGAAAGAUCUCAAUGCUCAGGAGAAGGACACUAUUACCUUUGAGGUUACUGUCAAUUAUGAAGGCAUCACCUACAAAUGGUUGAAAAAUGGUGUGGAAAUUCGGUCCACAGAUAGGUGUCAGACUCGAAGCAAGCAACUCACUCACUCUCUCACCAUACGCAAUGUGCACUUUGGUGACAGUGCAGACUACAAGUUUGUUGCCGGAUCUGCUGAAACAUCUGCAAAACUCUAUGUUGAUGCUCGUGUGAUUGAGUUCACAAAGCACAUCAAAGACAUCAAGAUUACUGAGAAGAAGAAGGCUAUUUUUGAAUGUGAAUUAUCUGAACCUAAUAUACAAGUGACAUGGAUGAAAGAUGGACAGGAACUUGAAGUAUCUGAGAGGUAUAAGGUUACCACAGAGAAGUUCCUACAUCGUUUGAUGAUUCAGACCGUCCGUCUGUCUGAUGCUGGAGAGUACUCUGUGGUUGCUGGUUCCAGCAUGUCAAGGGCUCAUCUCACAGUUGAAGGCCGUGACGUCCGGAUCACAGAACCUGCUGAGAAAGAUAUCACUGUUGUUGAGAAACAGAGGGCUACAUUCGAGUUUGAAGUAAAUGAGGAUGACAUUGAGGGCCGCUGGCUGAGGAAUGGAGUUGAGAUCCAGUUUUUCUCAGAGGAGCGGUUCAACUAUGUGGUUAUUAGGAAGAUUCACCGUCUGGCAAUCACUGAGACCUACAGAACUGAUGCUGGGGAGUACACCUUUAUUGCUGGCAAGAACAGGAGUGUGGUAACACUUCACGUCAAAAUUCCUGAGCCUCCCAGAAUCGUCCGCCAGAUGGAGGCGCUUACGGUUGAGGCUGGCAAGCCUGCUCGCUUCAAUGUGGAGGUGGCAGGUGUCCCUCAGCCUCAGGUAGCUUGGUACAAGAACUCCCAGGCUCUGUCAGCUGGGUUUAAAUGCAAGUUCCUUCGAGAUGGGAAUGAGUAUGCACUGCUGCUGAUUGAGGUCUUCCCGGAGGAUGCUGCAGUUUAUAACUGUGUGGCCACAAAUGACUUUGGCCAGGCAUCUAGUUCUGCUAAUCUUACUGUGGAAGUCUCAGAGGUGGUGUCUCCCGAGUCAGGUGCUCCCCUCUCUCCCCCUGUCAUCAUCUCUCCAAUUCACAAUGCCUCUGCCAAGGAGGGUGAAUCUGUCAGAUUCCAGUGCCGUGUCUCUGGAGAUGAUCUUAAGAUCAUGUGGUACUGCAAAGAUAAAGAGCUCAAGCAGUCUGAGUUCUUCAGGAUGUCCCAGUUUGACGAUAAUUGCAAAUUGGAGAUUGCCAGAGUGUACCCUGAGGAUGAGGGGGAGUACACUUGCGUUGCCCGUAACUCUGCAGGAAUGGUCUCAUGCUCUGCUUUCCUGAACCUCGAUGGAGAAAUGCACACUCAGGACACUGCAUCCAAACAGUGGCAUGCCACUUCCAGUCUCUCCACAAGCAUAUCAAGUGUUAAGAAGGAACCAAUUGGUCAAAAGCCCACUUUUAUUCAGCCUAUUAUGAGCUGCUCCGUGUAUAACGGGGAAGUGGCCAGAUUCCAUGCUUGUGUGUCCGGCAUGCCAAGGCCAGAAAUCAGCUGGUUUCACAAACGGGAACCCAUAAAACCAACAAAAAAUGUUGUCUUCCAUUUCGAUGAGAUGACAAACACUGCCACACUUAUCAUAGUAGAUGCUUUCUCUGAGCAUGCCGGACUGUACACAUGCAAAGCAGUCAAUAGUGCAGGAGAGGCGGUUUGCACGGCUACCCUGACAGUAACUGCAGAAGUGCCUAUGCAAGAGGUGAUUGAAGCCAAAAUUGAGGAAGAAGUCAAAGAGUUUUCUAGCCUGACUGUGACGACUGAAGAAGAAGAAUCCUACAGAACUUCCCUCCAAUUGCCUGAAAAAUCUAAAACACUUGAACUCAAGUCAGAGCAAAAAAUGUACUCAAGUUCUAUUGAAAAGAAAAAAGAAAAGCCCAUUUUUAUUACCCAACUUGCUCCUGUUGCUGUCACAACAGGAGACACAGCUCGAUUGACUGUCAACAUUUCUGCUUUCCCUAAACCAAAAGUUCAGUGGUUUCAUAAUGGCAGAAUCAUUAUAUCAUCCUCUGUCUACACAUUCAUAGAAAAUAGAGAUGAGUACACAUUAAUUAUCUCUGGGGUUAAGAAGGAAUAUGAAGGAGAAUACUCUUGUGUUGCAACUAACAAAUUUGGCAAGUCAACUUGCACAACCACUCUUAACGUAAAUCUAAGUGAUGUUACACAUGCAGAGAGGUGGGUUGAACAAAUGUUCAAGGUACCUGGCCAGCCUCCGUGUUUCACCACACAGAUUGAAUCAGUGCAAUGUGCAGAAGGGGGCGAAGCAAAAUUUCAGUUUAAAGUUAGCGGAUCACCACCCCCUGUAGUUCAGUGGUUUAAAGGUAGUUACCAAAUUCAAUCAAGUAACCGUAUCACCAUAGUCUACAACCCUGAUGGCUCAGGAUUAAUGAGAAUGACUGGCCUUCAUCAGCAAGACAGUGGGCUCUACACAUGCAAAGCAUCCAAUUCUUCUGGAGAAGCUUCCAGCAGUGCUGAACUGAUUGUCUUCCGUGAGACUGCUUCCAUAUCCCGCCACAAAGAAAAGGUAGUCACCCAGAAGCAGAAAGGCUACAAAGUUUCGAUGACCGAGCAGGCAACUGAGUCCCGUCUAUACAUGGUUAACAUCCCAGGCGAGACUAAAGAGCAAGCAGGACGUCAAAUGAUUUACACCAUUGGCACUGAGGAUAGACAGGUUGACACCAGUGAACAGGUAGACACCUUAAGGGAGGUAGAUAUUUCUGCUGCCACCAUUCAUAGAGAGCAGGUAACCCACCAGGCUGCAGUCUUGGAGUCUCAUGAGGUGCAAGAGAGAGUGACCAUGGGUCCCCCUCGGCCACAGCCAGCAGUUGCGACUCCAGUAAAACAGCUUCACACGGCUGCCCUAACAUCUGCCGUUGAGGAAAAUCAAGGGUUCACAGAGCAGCACUCUGAACGCAUCAAAAGCCCUGAGAUCACAGAGCUAGAAAUGGCAAGGGAACAGCCCUCAAAGUUGAUGUCUGCAAUAUCUGAAAACAUAACACCUUUCACCAUUGUAAAAGCUGGACCUUUAGCUAAGAGAGAAGAGGAAAAGAUGGAGUCAACUCGUGAACCAAAACACCCUAUCAGUAGUCAUCAGGUUGAGACCACACUUUCAAUUAUGAAAGAGAAAUCACAGACAAUUCCAACACCACAAGUUGAGAAAAGCUACAAAGUCAAAGAAGGUGUGAAAAUUCUGUAUUCUGCUAUAUCAACAGGGAAUCAAGAAAUCACUGAGGGCCACUCUGCAGAAUUAGCCACUUCAGAUUCAGCUAUACAAUCUUCUGUGAAAAAAGAACAGCCAAAACCUGUUAUACUUUCAGUAAGUGAGACUAAACAGACAUUAUCAAAAGAGGAAAUAUUUAUCAUAUCGAGACCAGGGGAAGAGGUGGCUCACACCACCAAAGAUAAGGCACUUAAGACUGCUCUUACAGCAGAAGAAAAGCGUGAGCUUCAAGCAGAGCGCAUGGGUGAACUUCCUGGUUUAGACAGCGCUGUAUCAGUGCACUCAGAGAGGGAACAAGAGCAAGUCUUGCACCUACAGCUGAUUAGUGAUCAAGGUAGUUUGCCCUCAGAGGGUCGGUUUACCUGUGAGAGACCAGCUGAGGAAAAGGCAGAUGUUAGGAAGAGUCCCACCCUGCUCCACUCAGUAUCUACAGAUGAGCAGAGAACCGUCACUUGUGAGGACUCUGCACAGUUUUCAUCAGAGAAGACCUCAUUGACUCUGCAGCCUCAGAAAGAACCCCUUGGGACCUUGCACCUUCAGUCUACUCAGUUCGAAAGUGCCCUGACCAAAGAGGGAAUGAUAUCUUUUGAGAAACCAGACCAGCAGGUGGCAGCACAGAGGCAGGAGAAAGCUCGUAAAAAUGCAGUUACAACUGAGGAAAAGAGGGAGCUUACAGCAGAUUACUACAAAACCCUUGACACAUCUGUAACAGGUGUUCAGUCUGAGCAUAAAAUAGAGCCAAAGCCUCAGAGUAUUCUUCAGGUUGUCUCCGAUCCUAUGCAACUGCCAAAGGAAACGCCUUUCUCGACUGAUAUGAAACAACAACGCGCAUUAGUCCAGAAGGAAGACCGCUGGAAUAUUGUACAUGUUACUUCUGUGUCUGACAGGCAAGAUUUAGAAGAGGGCCACACAGAUGAUUUGGGGUCAGUUGAGAAAUUCACAAGUAAGACUGAAGUGGAACCAAAAUUACCUUUGGAAUCCAUCACAAUAGAGGAGAGAGCAGUCUCAACUGAGAGCAGUGUGGCUCUUGAGGCAGCAGAACAAGAUUUUGCAGUCCAAAUUCAGGAGGGCCAGUCUGUCAGACAGUCUAUCGUUAUGGAUGAGAAACACAUCUUGACUGGAGAGCAGUCUAAAGAAAUCUCUAAAUCUGAGACAACAACAGCAACUGUAGUUAAGCAGAGCAAAAGUGCCUUUAUGGUGUCAGAAUCUAGAGAGAGCCAAACCCUUCCGAAAGAGCUCACUUUUGUGAUCCAAGCACCAAAAUCAUUUACCUUGGAUGUCAGGCAUCAGUUGAAGAGUGCUUUACAGUCUGCUGUUGCACGAGAUCAACCUCUGAUACUGGCAGAUGUUGUGCAGAGUUUAGCAGUCGUAGAAGUACAAGAGGUUAAGGUACGUAGAGAGCCAAAGUAUGCGAUGUACACAUACCUAAUCACAACAACAGGUGCACCUAUUGAAAUCACAAUUGCCUUUGAGGGUGGCUAUCCCCAAACUGCAGAUCUGAAAAGUGAGCUUAAGGCUGCUUUCUACUCCAUAGUCUAUAGAGAGCAGCAGGUCCUGACAUCUGAACAGCCUGGCACGAUGCAAAUCGAUAGGCCUCAGAGAUUGCAGGUUACGAGCGCCUCUUCAAAAGAAAUGCUCUCAUCCAUGGUGCAAACAGUGCAGAUGAGUGAGAAUGUGUCAGAUUUGGCAGCGCCUAAGACACAGUCUGCCGCACUGAGAACUGAAACCAAAGCUUCCUUCCAGACAGUAACAGCACAGGAGCAAACUAUUGUGCAAGAGUCAAAAAGAGCCAUGGUACAGAUGACCACUGAAUCAAAAAUAGAAAUGGAAAAAUCCGUAGAUAUUUCUACUCAGGAAAGCAGAUCUGUGACAGUGUCGGGCCGUGAGAGAGAUGUUGGUGCAGCUGCUAUUACUACAGAUGUUCCCUUUGCACCAGUGCCUGUUGAGCAGUCAGUAGAUAUCCACAUUAAAAAGAAAAAAAUGGAGGGUUUUCUGAUAGAGGAAACCAUUACAACAACCAAAACUAUUGAAAAGGUUGGCAAAUACCCCCCGAUAUUUGAAACAGAAUUGGAAGAUGUUACAGUGGAGGAAAAAGGCACAGCCACUUUUACAGUGUCUGUAAAAUUUGUUAAAAAUGUCAAUUGGCUGUUCAAAGGAAAAAUUAUUAAAUCUGGCAAAGAGUUCAAGUGUUCCAAGCAACAUAACACAUACACACUAGUGAUCGACAAAGUAAUCAAGGAGAAGCAUGAAGGAGAGUAUGUCUGUGAGGCAGAGAAUGAAGGCGGCAAGACUACAACAUCCUCAAGACUCACAGUUGUCUUAAGAGUACCACCUGUUUUCAGGCACAAAGCCCAUCCACUGGAAGUCAACAUUGGCGCCAAUGCCAGAUUUGAGUGCGAGAUUGAAGAUGCACCAAAUGUCACUUUCAAGUGGUACAAGUCUGGCUCUGAGAUCAGACAAAGUGAGAAGUUCAUGAUCAUCAGCCGUGGCACCAUUUCCUCUUUGGAGAUUCUCAACCCAGCCAAGGUGGACACGGCUGAAUAUACCUGCAAAGCUUCUAACCAGCAUGGAAGUGACAGCUGCUCUGCUCGCCUCAACGUGACUGAACCGCCAGACUUUGCACAGAAACUUCCGAGCACAAAGUUUGUGAAGCUGAGCGACGCAGUCGUUCUCGAAUGCAAAGUGACGGGCACUGCCCCACUUCAGAUUAACUGGUUUAAAAACGAUUCAAAACUGACAGAUGGUCACAACUGCAAGACAUCAUUUGAUGGCUCAGUGGCAGUCCUCCAUGUUUCCUCCGCGUCAUUUGACGAUGGUGGAGUGUAUACAUGUGAGGCUCAGAAUGACGCUGGAACUAAAAGCUGCAGCGCAACACUCACAGUGAAAGAACCACCAUCUUUCAUCAAAGUGCCUCAACCUGUUGAAGGACUGAAAGGCAAAGACGUCAGUCUGAACUGUGAAUUGAAGGGCACAGCACCGUUUGAGAUAACCUGGUUCAAAGAUAAAAAGGCACUAAAGGAGGGCAGAAAAUAUAAGUUUGUGUACGAAGGAUGCUCUGCAACUAUGCAUAUCCUUGGUCUGGAAGCUUCAGAUGCUAUUGAGUAUGAGUGCAAAGCAUCCAACAGUGUAGGAAGUGACACAUGCAAUGUGUCUGUUAAACUGAGAGAGCCACCAGUCUUUGUGAAGAAGCUGUCCAAUAUGACAGCAGUGUCUGGUGAAGAAGUGACUUUGGUUGCCACGAUUAAAGGCUCUCAGCCAAUGACUGUAUCUUGGGUUCAGGACAAAGACCAUGUUCUUAGGGAUGGUGACAACCGCAAGAUUACCUUUGAGAACAACCAGGUCACUCUUAAAAUCUUUAAGGCUGACAAAACCACUGCUGGGAAGUACACCUGUCAGCUCAAAAAUGAUGCUGGGGUGGCAGAGUGCAUUGCUAACCUGACUGUUUUAGAGCCGGCUUUAAUUAUUGAUAGGACAGAGUCUUUUAGUGUCACAGAAGGAGACAUAGCCGCCCUAGAGUGUACUGUAGCUGGAACUCCCGAGUUAAUGCCAAGGUGGUACAGAAAUGGAGUGGAACUGUCGUCUGGAAAGAAGUACAAGAUCACCUUUGCAAAAAUGAUCUCCAGUCUUAAAAUUUUGACAAGCGAGAGGGACGACUCUGGAGAGUACACAUUCGAGGUCAAAAAUGAAGUUGGCGCUGAUGUCAGCAAAAUACACCUCAAUGUCCUAGAUAAAAUAAUUCCUCCGGCGUUCUCACGGAAAUUGAAAGAUGUACAGAGUAUUGUGGGUAAAUCUGGUGAACUGGACUGUAAAGUGUCUGGAUCUUCACCUUUCACAAUCUCUUGGUACCAUGAUGGAGCGGAGAUCACAAGUGGACCUAACUACGAAAUUAUGUUCAGCGACAACACCUGCACUUUGAAAGUUCCCACACUCAAACUGUCUGAUUCUGGAACGUACAAGUGCAAAGCUGUCAACAAAGCAGGAACCGCUGAAACCAGUUCAACUUUCGUUGUAAAAGAGCCUCCAUCUUUUGUGACUCAACCUCAACCACUGGAAGCGUUGCCCGGCUCAAGCGUUACAUUUGCUGCUACUGUGAGGGGAAGUGCCCCUCUAAAACUGAAAUGGUUUAGAGGGAGCAAGGAAGUUUUGCCUGGAAGGGACUGUGCAAUAGCUCUCAAAGGUGACAUGGCUACGUUGGAGCUCCGCAACGUUGAUAAAUCCCACGCAGGAGAGUACACAUGCCAAAUUAUUAAUGAUGCUGGAAAGGAGAACUGCACAGUGAACCUGUUUGUGAAAGAACCUGCUCGUUUCAUUAAAAAACUUAAAGACCUUUCUGUUGAAAUGGGCAAAUCCAUGAUUCUUGAAUGCACAUACAGUGGAAGCCCAGAAAUUCAUGUUAAAUGGCAUAAGGAUGGGCAAGAGAUAUAUUCCUCUUACAAGUACAACAUGACAACAACUGAGAGCUCCUGCAUCCUGGAGUGUCUAAACAGUGAUAAAGAGGCUGCAGGAAAAUACUCUUGCGAAGUCUCCAAUGGAGCCGGAACUGAUACUUGUCAUGCCAAUGUGUCCAUAUUAGAACCUCCAUACUUUAUUGAACAAUUGGAGCCAAUGGAUGUCACAGCUGGAGAUGCUGUUUGCUUGAAAUGCCAAAUAGGGGGCACACCUGAAAUUAAAGUAUCCUGGUUUAAAGCCGAUGGAAAAUUGAGAUCCUCUGCCAUGUGCAAAAUGGAAUUCUCAAAAGGUGUAGCCUGUCUGAAAAUUAGUAAAACGUCUAAAGCAGACAUUGGAGAAUAUACAUGCAAAGCUGAAAACAGCAUUGGAUCAGCAUCCUCCAGUUGCCAACUAACUGUACAAGAGGUCAAAACACCACCAUCUUUCCCCAAGAAAAUUACUAGUAUACAACAAACUGAGGGACAGGCAGUCAGAUUUGAGUGUCGUGUGGCUGGAUCCUCCCCCAUGGAGAUCUCUUGGCUUAAAGAUGGUGAAACCUUGAGAAAUGACGCUGAAUUCUCAAUGAGUUUCGAUGAUAACUCUGCCGUCCUUCAAAUUGCCAGAGGAGAAAUGAGACACUCUGGGGAAUAUACUUGUGUCGCAACAAAUAGUGUUGGGACAGCCUCUUGCAGAGCCAAACUCACACUUCAAGAGCCAAGAUAUCCACCAGUUUUUGAUAAAAAGCUUUUGCCAGUGGACGUUACGGUGGGAGAUAGUGUGGAGAUGGAAUGUCACAUGACUGGAUCUUUGCCAAUGAAAGUGACAUGGUCAAAGGAUCACAAAGAUAUUCGCACUGGCGGAAAUUAUAAAAUAUCAUGUGUGGAUAACACUGCACACCUCACCAUUCUAAAAGCAGAUAAAAAUGACUCUGGACGCUAUUCUUGCCAUACUAGUAAUGACAUGGGAAAGGACUCUUGUUCUGCUGAAGUAUCUGUGAAAGAGCGUAAAAUUCCUCCCAGCUUCACCAAAAAGCCCUCUGAAUCUAUCGAGGAAGUUGAGGCCAAGGUGGUGAAACUAGAGGCCCGUCUGUCUGGAUCUCAGCCCAUAACAGUGAACUGGUACAAAGAUGGCAGUGAAAUCUCCAGCUCUGACGACUAUGACAUAUCCUUCAAGAACAAUGUGGCUGUGCUCUGUAUCAAGAAGUCUCAGUGCUCAGACAGUGGCACAUACACCUGCAAAGCCACUAACGAAGCUGGCAGCGACAGUUGCCAAGCUACAGUGAGAAUCUCAGAACACAAGGUGCCUCCGACCUUCGACAUACCUCUUAAGCCAGUGACCAUUAAUGCGGAUGACAAGCUCACCCUGAGCUGCCACGUCCGUGGCUCUCCUCCGCUGAAGGUUCAGUGGAUGAAGGACAGACGGGAGGUGUCGUCCUCAGCCAGCACAAAGAUCACCUUUGUAAAUGGCACAGCCACUUUGGAGAUUGUCCGUGUGUCCAAGAAUGAUGCUGGAGAUUAUUUGUGCAAGGCUACAAAUGAGGCUGGAAGUGAAUUUUGCAAGUCCAAAGUGACUGUGAAAGAAAAAGCCGCUGCCGCAGCUCCAGCACCUGAAGCGGCCCCUGCAGCCAAACCAGCAAAGAAGCUUGAUAACUUGUACUUCAUCGAAGAACCCAAGACUGUUCAUAUCACAGAGAAGGGUACAGCAACCUUCAUUGCUAAAGUUGGUGGUGACCCAAUCCCCAACGUGAAAUGGAUGAAGGGCAAGUGGAGACAGGUUACUCAUGGUGGUCGCAUCACCAUCGAGCAGAAGGGUCAAGAGGCCAAGCUGGAAAUCAGGGAGGUUACCAAAUCUGACUCUGGACAGUACAGAUGUGUUGCAUCUAACAAACACGGAGAGAUUGAGUGCAGUGCUGACAUGAAUGUCGAGGAGAAGAAAGAGAUUGUCCCUGAGACAGUGAAACUGAAGAAGACACCUUCAAAGCAGAAAAGUCCAAAGGAAGGCCAAGAGAUUGAUAUUGUAGAGUUGCUGAGGAAUGUAGAUCCAAAGGAAUAUGAGAAGUAUGCUCGCAUGUACGGGAUCACUGAUUACCGUGGUCUCCUACAAGCUAUUGAGCAGUUGAAGAGAGAGAAGGAGGAGGAGAGUGGACGACCUGAGGGAAGUUUGGCUUCAAGAGAGUCAGAUGAAGAUUUGGCUCAAAUCGUGGCUGAUUUGCAAAAGAGAAUGGAACAGACAGAGCCUGUUACUCUUGUGAAAGACAUCACUGAUCAAACAACAGAUGUUAACAAGGAGGCUGUGUUUGAAUGUGAAAUUAAAAUCAACUACCCAGAGAUCACCUUGUCCUGGUACAAGGGUACACAGAAGCUUGACACUAAUGAUAAAUAUGAGAUCAAAAUUGUUGGUAACCGCCACAUACUGAAGAUUAAGAAGUGCCAGACUGGUGACGCAGGCAAUUACCGGGUUGUAUGCGGGCCACAUAUCUCCAGUGCCAAACUCACAGUACAGGAAGCUAAAGUGGAAGCACAUUUGGAGGAAACUGCUGGUAAGGAAGGCCAAACCUGUAUUCUGACUUGCCAGUUCUCUAUACCUAAUGUAAAAACUCAGUGGUUUAAAAACGGAAAGCUUUUAGAGCCAAGCAGCAGAUACACAUUCACUGUGAUUGAUAAGAUUCAGAGGCUCUCUAUCAAAAAUGUAAGACCUGAAGACCAAGGACAGUAUACCUGCAAAUAUGACAACCUUGAAUCAACAACAAAUCUUUGGGUUGAAGCUGAACAAAUUCACUUCACCAAACGCAUCCAGAACAUUGUGGUGAGGGAGCGACAGUCAGCCACUUUUGAAUGUGAGGUGUCUUUCGACAAUGCUAUUGUAACAUGGUACAAAGACACUUGGGAACUCAAAGAGAGCCCAAAGUAUAACUUCCGAAGCGAAGGUCGACGUCACUUUAUGAUCAUCCGCAACGUAACCAACGAAGAUGAAGGCGUAUACUCAGUGAUUGUGAGGUUGGAGCCCAGAGGUGAAGCUAAAAGCACAGCUGAACUUUACCUGUCAGGCAAAGAAAUUGAGUUAGGAAGGCUGCCUUAUGAUGUCCCUGACACAUCAAUUCAAGUGCCCGAUGCACCUACUGCAUUUGCCAUUAAAGAAGAGUCAUCAACUGAAUACUAUCAGUAUGAGGAGAAGAUGGAGAUACGAGAACGAGAAAUCUGGACAGAAGAAAUGGUAGUGCAGGAGGUCACUACAGUUGAAGUUCCAAGGGUGCCUGUGGAGGAACCAGUCCAGAGGGCGAAAUUAGGCAUGAGAGAGGAAGCUCCAGAGAGAGUUCCUGAGGCUUCCAAGCCUGAAGAGAAACCAUCUAUCAAAGAACCAAAGAAACAGGAACCAGCUAAAGUACCUGAAGCCAAGAAGCCCGUGGAGGAAAAAGUAAUUCCAGUAAAAGUGCCAGAGAAAAAGGAUGUUCCACCACCAAAAGAACUCGAAGAGCCAAAGGUUUCUGUUCCUAAGCCAACUCCCACUGCUCCUGUAGAACAACAGGUCACUCCUAAAAAAGAUGUCCAAACACCUGCAGCACCUGCGGCUACUGAGCCUAAACCAAAGGUGCCGGCUGAGCCUAAACCACAGGUGGCUGUUGAACCGGAACCUAAGCCCGAAUCUAAAGCAGCACCGGCAAAGAAACCAGAAGCUCCCCACGCUAAAGUCCCUGUGGAGGCAAAGAAACCCACUGUGUCAGAACCAUCAGAGCCACCAAAAACAGUACCAGCUAGAAAACCAGAGCCGACGCCAACCCUGCCAGAAGUUGCCGCACCAAAAGUGCCUGAACCUGAAAAGAAACCUCUUGAAAGAAAACCUGAGCCAUUAAAAGAAGAGGUUACUCCCCAGAAAGUGACUGAACCAGAAAAGAAGGCCCCUCCUGCAAAAACUCCAUUCUCAAUAAAAGAAGAAGUACCUCCCCAGAAAGUGCCUGAGGAGAAAAAGAAGACACCAGUAAAAGAACCUGCAGCACCAAAAGUGCCUGAACCAGAGAAGAAGGCGGCUCUUGAUACAAAACCGGUGUCGGUAAAACCUGAGGUUGCUCCCCCUAAAGUACCUGAGCAAGAAAAGAAAACUCCUGAAAAGACUCCUGUGCCAGAGAAAAAGGAAGUUGCCCCGGCUAAAGUGCCUACCCCUGAAAAGAAACCAUCACCUGAAGCUGCAAAGAAAUUGUCUCCACCUCAAGUACCAAAAGCUGAAAAGAAACCAUCUCCUGAACCUGCUGCAAAAAAAGUCUCUCCACCUGAAGUGCCAAAAGUUGAAAAGAAACCUUCCCCUGAACUUGCUACAAAGACAGAAUCACCUACUGAACUUGAAGAUGGUGGAAAAGGACCUGUUUCUGCACCUGGACCAGUUAAGAAAGAGGGAACUCCUAAAGAUACAGGAGCAGCAGGUGGAAGAGGAAGAGGCUUGAAACCAAAACAAACUCCAUCUCCAGGAGAAGGUAGAGGCAGAGGCCUGAAACCUGGAGGUGGAGGCAAACCUCCAGAGGAGCCACCAUUCGCUGGAUUCCAGCUGAAGGCUGUCCCACUGAAAUUCAUCAAGGAGCUCAAAGACAUUGUGUUGUCAGAGGCCGAGUCGAUUGGUACCUCUGCUGUGUUUGAGUGUGAGGUGUCGCCCUCCACUGCCAUCACCACAUGGAUGAAGGAUGGCAGCAACUUGAGGGAGAGCCCUAAGCACAAGUUCACUUCUGACGGCAAAGACCGCAAACUGGCAAUUAUUGACGUCCAACUCUCUGACCGCGGUGAAUACACUUGUGUGGCUACGCUUGGCAAAAAGGAGAAGACCUCAACUGCCAAGCUCAUUGUGGAAGAGCUGCCAGUGAAAUUCGUGAAGACACUUGAGGAGGAAACGUCUGUUAUGAAGGGACAGCAUCUGUACCUGACCUGUGAGUUGAACAAGGACAAGGAGGUGACAUGGAAGAGAAAGGGCACACCUUUUAUAACAGUCCCUGGAAAGAUCCAAAUAGCUUCCAUUGGACUGCAACGUGCUGUGACAAUCCAGAACGCUCAAGAAGAGGAUGCUGGACUUUACGUAUGCGAGUGUGAAAAUAUCCAGACAGAGUCAAAGGUCAAAAUUAUUGAAAUCAUCAAAGACUGGUUAGUGAGACCACUGAAAGACCAGCAUGUGAAGCCUAAAGCUACUGCCACAUUCAAGUGUGAACUCUACAAAGACACCCCAAAUUGGAAGUGGUUCAAGGGGGAUGAGGAAAUCCCUAACGAUCCAACAGAUAAAACAGAGGUUACGAAGGAUGGUAAAGAGCUUACUUUGACCAUCAAAAAUGCAGCCCCUGGUGAUGUUGCAGAGUAUGCCAUGGAAGUAGAGGGUCGUAGAUACACUGCAAAGCUGACACUUGGGGAGCGUGAAGCUGAGAUCCUGAAGCCUCUGUCUAGUAUUGAAGUUGUGGAGAAAGAGGAGGCCAACUUUGACACUGAAAUUUCAGAAGAGGAUGUUCCUGGAGAAUGGAAACUUCAGGGACGAGUUCUGCAGAGAUCACCAACAUGUGACAUCAGAGCAGAGGGUGCCAAGAGAUUCCUCACUCUAAAGGAUGUUCAGCUUGACCAGUCUGGUGAAGUGUCAUAUCAGGCUCUGAAUGCCAUCACCACUGCAAUGCUCACAGUCAAGGAGGGCGAAGCACGCUUCGUCGUAAAAUUGCAAGAUUAUACAGCAGUUGAAAAGAACGAGGUUGUCCUGGACUGUGAGUUGAACAAAGAUGUCCCAGUGAGAUGGUUUCAUAAUGAGGCAGAAAUCAAGGCCUCAAAGAUGGUGACAAUAAAGACUGAAGAGAAACGACGGAUACUGAUAAUUAAGAGAGUGGGAGACAAAGAUAAAGGUCAAUACGUGUGUGACUGCGAAACUGACAAGACCUUGGCUAAUCUCAAUAUCGAAGCACGUGACAUCAAAGUGGUUAAGCCAAUGUAUGGUGUUGAUCUCUUUGAUGGAGAGACAGCCCGUUUUGAGGUUGAGCUCUCUGAGGAUGAUGUACAUGGCCAGUGGAAACUGAAUGGAGAAGUCCUUACUCCUUCAGCUGAUGUUGAAAUUAUUGAGGAUGGAGCAAAGCACACCUUAAUACUGUAUAACUGCAAAGUUCCCCAAUCCGGGGAGUUAACCUUCCAUGGAGCAAAUGCCAAAUGCACAGCAAUUCUGAAAGUAAAAGAGAUUCCGGUGACUUUCAUUACACCUUUGAGUGACGUGCAUGUGUAUGAGAAAGAUGAGGCGAGGUUUGAGUUGGAGGUGUCCAGAGAGCCCAAAACUUUCCGCUGGCUCAAAGGAACUCAGGAGCUUGAGAAUGAUGACAAGUUUGAGAUCAUUCAAGAAGGGAAAAGGCACACUCUAGUGGUGAAGGCGGCUGGCUAUAGUGAUGAGGCCAAGUAUGCCUUUGAGGCAGAGGACAACAGAACGUCAGGCAAACUUAUCAUUGAAGGCAUUCGUCUUGAGUUUGUCAAGCCCAUCAAGGAUGUGACCGUGAAGGAGCGCGAGACUGCGGAGUUCAAAGUUGAACUUUCGCAUGACAAUAUACAGGUCACAUGGUACAAGAAUGACAAGCGCCUGCACCCCAGCAAAUUGGUGCACAUGUCAGAUGAUGGCAAGGUCCACACCCUCUCCUUCAAGGAAGUGUCCAUUGAUGACACUUCCCUGAUUAAAGCAGAGGCUCUCGGAAAGACCUCAGAGGCCAUGCUCACUGUUCUGGAGGGAGAUCCUUACUUUACGACUAAGCUUCAUGACUACACAGCUGUUGAGAAGGAUGAAGUUAUCCUGCACUGUGAAGUGAGCAAGUCCCAUGCUGAGGUGAAAUGGUUCCAUGAUGGCAAGGAGCUUACCCCCUCCAAGAAUGUUCAGAUCAAAUCCGAUGGAAAGACGCGCACUCUUACAUUAAAGAUAGCUGAGAAGACCAACACUGGUGAAUACACCUGUGACUGUGGUUCUGACAAAACUACCGCUAAAUUGAACAUUGAAGAACGUGACAUCAAGGUUGUACGCCCCCUGUACAGUGUUGAAGUAAUUGAGACAGAAACUGCCCGAUUUGAGACUGAGAUCUCUGAGGAAGAUGUUCAUGGGAAAUGGAAGCUAUUGGGAGAGACCCUUCACUCAUCUGCUGACGUUGAGAUUAAGGAAGAGGGAACCAAGCACAUACUGAUCCUCUACAACGUGCGCAAGGAUAUGGCUGGAGCAAUCGACUUCCAUGCUGCAAACGCCAAGUCCAAUGCCCAGCUGAGAGUUAAAGCACGGGUGAUAGGCCUCAUGAGGCCUCUGAAGGAUGUUACAGUCACUGCUGGAGAGACUGCCACCUUUGACUGUGAACUCUCCUAUGAGGGCAUAACUGUGGAAUGGCUCCUUGGGGGUACCAAGCUGGAACCAAGCGACAGGGUUGUCACCAGGGCAGAAGGGAGAGUGCACACGCUGAGUAUUAGGGAUGUUAAGCUGACGGAGGCCGGGGAAGUAAAACUCACUGCUAAGGACUUCGAGACACAAGCCAACCUUAAAGUGAAUGAGGCCCCAGCUGAGUUCACUAAACCUCUGGAGGACCAGACAGUUGAGGAGGAGGCCACUGCUACACUAGAGUGUGAAGUUUCCAGGGAAAACGCGGAGGUAACAUGGUACAGAGAUGGACAGGAGAUCCGCAAGACCAAGAAGUAUGACAUGGUUGCCGAUGGCCGUGUAAGAAAACUUCUUAUUCACGAUUGUGCAAUCGAUGACUCAAAGACAUAUACCUGUGAUGCCAAACAUUUCAAGACGUCAGCUUUCCUGAACGUUGAGCCUCCACAUGUUGAGUUCUCUACGCCACUCCAUGAUGUUGAGGUCAAAGAGAAGGAAACAGCACAGUUUGAAUGCGAAGUAUCCAGAGAAAACGCAAAGGUCCGCUGGCUGAGGGAUGGCUGUGAGAUCCGUAAAGGCAAAAAGUAUGAGAUAAUUGCUAAAGGUGUUAAGCGUAUUCUGGUCAUUCACAAGGCCGUAUUUGAUGAUGAGGCAGAAUACGAAUGUGACGCAAAGACCUCCAAGAGCUCCGGCAUGCUGACCGUUGUCGAGGAGGAAGCUAGAUUCACAAAGAAUCUGGCCAACUUUGAAGGAACUGAAACAGACAGUGUGAAAUUGAUCUGUGAAGUAUCCAAGGCCAGUGCAGAGGUCACUUGGUACAAGGGUGACGAGGAGCUGCAAGAGGGAGCCAAAUACGAGUGCAUCCAGGAUGGCCGGAAGAGGAUCCUUAUUAUUCAGGAUCUCCGCAUGGGUGAUGCUGGAGAAUAUGAAUGCAGACUUCCAAAUACAAAGACCACAGGCAACCUGAAGAUUAACGAAAUGGCUGCUGAGUUUAUUGCCAGACCUCAGAACCAGGAAGUUAUCGAAGGAAACAAGGCUGAGUUUGUGUGUUCAGUCUCCAAAGAUACCUUUGAGGUCAAAUGGCAUAAAGGUGACAAGGAGCUUACAUCUGAUGACAAAUACGAAAUUCGUGCUGACGGCAAAAAACGAGUUCUUAUUGUGAAGAACUGUGAUAGACAUGAUGAAGGUGGCUACAUUGCACACAUCGGCAGUGUCAGAGCAUCCGCUGAACUGACAGUUAUCGAGAAACUUAAGAUAAUUACGCCACUCAAAGACACCGAAACAGGAGAGGGACAGGAGACUGUUCUUAACUGCGAGGUGAAUACUGAAGAGGCCAAAGCAAAAUGGCUUAAAAAUGACGAGACAAUGUUUGAAAGCAGCAAGUUCAUUAUGACCCAGAAAGAUAACGUGUUCUCAUUGAGAAUCAAAGAGUCCCAGAAGUCAGAUGAUGGCAGUUACACCAUUAUGGUGACAAAUAGCCGUGGGGAACAGGUCAAGUGUUCUGCCCAGCUUACAGUACAAGAGGAGGACCUUAGAAUCAUUGUACCUAUUGAGGACUGUGAAACACAGGAGAAGAGAACGAUCGCCUUCCAAUGCAAGGUGAACAGACCAAACGUGACACUGAAGUGGAUGAAGGGUGGUCAGGAGAUCACAUUCAACAAGCGUAUUGUGUACAGAGUGGACAAAGACAAACACACCUUGACAAUCAAAGACUGCAACCUCAAAGACGAGGGAGAGUACAAAGUCAUUGCAGGAGCCGACAAGUGCUCUGCUGAGCUGAUCAUCAGCGAAGCACCAACUGACUUUGGCGUGCAGCUCAAAGACCAAACUAUCAUAGAGUUUGAAGACGCUGAGUUUACUUGUGAACUGACCAAGGAAAAGGCUGAGGUGAAAUGGUACAGAAAUGGACGUGAAAUCAGAGAAGGACCUAGAUACCGAAUGGAGAAAGAUGGCAAGAUUUGCAAACUCUGCAUCAAAGAAUGCAGACCAGAUGAUGAAUGUGAAUAUGCAUGUGGUGUGGAAGACAGGAAAUCCAGGGCUAGACUCUUUGUUGAGGAGAUCCCUGUUGAGAUUAUCAGACCUCCUCAAGAUGUAUUCGAGCCUCCUGGCUCUGAUGUCCUCUACGAGGUUGAGCUGAACAAAGACAGGGUGGACGUCAAAUGGUUGAGGAACAACAUGACCAUUGUCCAGGGUGACAAGUACCAGAUGGUGAGCGAGGGCAAAGUUCACCGACUCCAAGUCUGUGAAAUCAGACCUCGUGACCAGGGAGAGUAUAGAGUCAUUGCCAAGGACAAGGAUGCCAGAGCCAAGCUGGAGCUGGCUGCUGUGCCCAAGAUCAAGACUUUGGACCAGGACCUUGUGACAGAUGCUGGAAAGCCGUUCGUUAUGGGAGUUCCCUUCAGUGCUUACCCCAAGGCUGAUACAGAAUGGUUCUACGAGAGCACCAGUUUGCCAAGAGAUAAUGUUCAUACAUCUGCUGACAAGACAGAGUACAGACUGAAGGAUCCAAAGAAGUCUGAUCAGGGCAGAUACAAGGUGACCAUCAAGAACAAGCAUGGACAAGGAGAGGCCUUCAUCAACCUGACAGUUAUCGAUAUCCCCGGACCUGUUAAGAACCUCAAUGUGGCUGAUACUGCUGAUGGAGAAGUCAGCCUUGUGUGGGAGGAGCCAGAGAGUGAUGGUGGCAGCAAAAUCAUUGGCUACGUUGUGGAGAGACGCGACGUCAGACGCAAGACUUGGACUCUGGCCACCGACCGCGCCGAUAGCACAGAGUACACUGUGACAGGCCUGCAGAAAGACUCCAUGUACUUAUUCCGCGUGUGUGCUCGUAACAGGCUGGGAAGUGGACCAACUGUGGAAACUGACAAGGCCGUUCAAGCCAAGAACAAAUUUGAUGUUCCUGAUCCACCACAGAAUGUAGAGGUGGGCAAUGUCACCAAGUUCAGCGCCACCCUUACUUGGGAACCCCCAGUGUCUGAUGGAGGCUCUGUGAUCACUGCUUACAUCAUUGAGCUCCGUGACCGCACCGCUGUGUCAUGGUCUGCCGUCAUGGUUACCAAGCCUCAAGAUCGCACCGCAGUCAUCAAUGACGUGAUUGAGAAUAAAGAGUACAUCUUCCGCAUCAGAGCUGAGAACAAAGCUGGAACUGGCAAGCCAAGCGCUGCCACACACCCAGUCAAAAUCAUGGAUCCUAUUGAGAGGCCAAGCCCACCCCUUAACUUGAACUAUGCUGAUCAGACCAAGCAGACUGUUCAGCUCACAUGGGAGACCCCCUUGCGUAAUGGUGGCAGCAUGAUCACUGGCUACAUCAUUGAAAGAAGCGAGGAUGGCUCAGACAAGUGGCUGAGAUGCAAUGCUAGACUUUGCCCAGACCUUGUUUACAAGUUGUCUGGUCUAAAGCAUGGAAAGCAUUACAACUACAGAGUAUUUGCUGAGAAUGCUGCUGGUGCAUCAGAUCCAUCCAACAUACUUGGACCAAUUCUGGCAGAUGACCCCCACUUUGCUCCAACACUGGACCUGAGUGGCUUCAAGGAUGGCCUGGAGGUCAUUGUUCCCUUCCCUCUCAAAAUCCGUGUGCCCAUCAGUGGAUACCCUGUGCCCAAAGCAAAAUGGACUUUCGGCGAAAAGGAGCUCACUCCAGAUGAGCGUGUGUCUAUGGUCACCAAGAGCACCUUUACUGAGCUGUUGGUCAAACCAAGCAUUCGUCCAGACAAAGGAACAUAUUCUCUGACUCUAGAGAACGAUGUCUCUUCUGUCUCAGGAGAGAUUGAUGUUAAUGUCAUUGCAUCUCCAAGUGCACCCAAAGAUUUCAAGGUGGCAGAGGUCACCAGAAAGCAUGUGCACCUCAUGUGGGAGGCCCCAGAACACGAUGGUGGAAGUCCACUGACUGGCUACCAGGUUGAGAAGCGUGACGCUUCCAGGAAGACCUGGGUUAAGGUCAUAAGUGGUAUUCAGGAUCAAGAAUACACUGUCACUGAUGUUGUUGAGGGAAAAGAGUACUUCUUCAGGGUAACUGCCUGCAACAAGUGUGGCCCUGGAGAGCCAGCUUACAUUGAUGAACCAAUCAAUGUCUCUUCACCAGCAACUACUCCCGAUGCUCCUGAGAACCUCAAGUGGAGGGACAAGUCUGCUUCAAGCAUCUUCCUGACCUGGGAGCCGCCGAAGUACGAUGGAGGCUCUGCCAUCAAAGGUUACAUGGUUGAUAAAUGCCAGCGUGGCACUGACAAGUGGGAGCCAUGCAGUGAAACCAUCCCUGAGAUGAAGUUUAAAGUGACUGGACUAAUUGAGGGCCAGUGGUAUGCAUACCGUGUGAGAGCCUUGAACAAACUGGGUUCUGGCAAACCAUCCAGGCCUACUGAUGAAAUUUUGGCAGUAGAUCCCAAAGAGGCCCCAGAGAUUAUCCUGGAUGCUAAGCUUCUUACUGGCCUGACUGUCAAGGCUGGAACAAAGAUUGACCUGCCCGCUGAUAUUACUGGAAAACCAGAGCCAAAGGUCAAAUGGAGCAAGGCUGACCAGGUCUUGAAGGCUAAUGACAAUGUCACCAUUGAUACCAAACCAGGCCACUCUGUGGUGUCCAUUGCCAAAACCAAAAGGGAAGACACAGCUACUUACAUUAUUGAAGCUGUCAACAGCAGUGGACGUGCAACUGCGACCGUUGAUGUUAACAUUCUAGACAAGCCUGGGCCCCCUGCUGCCUUUGAUAUUUCUGAGAUCACAAACCAUUCUUGCUUCCUGGCCUGGAAUCCACCUCGUGACGAUGGUGGCUCUAAGGUGACCAAUUAUAUUGUGGAGAGACGAGCACAAGAAAGUGAGAUCUGGCACAAGCUCUCCUCCACUGUUAAACAGACCACAUACAAGGCAACCGACCUGGUUGCUUUUAAGAAUUACAUUUUCAGAGUCUUCGCUGAGAAUCAGUUCGGUGUUGGCCCUGCAGCUGAGCACGCUCCAAUUACUGCCAGAUACUCCUUUGAUACCCCUGGUGCUCCCUACAAGUUAGAGCCUUCCGAUAUUACAAAGGAUGCUGUAACUCUGACAUGGUACGAGCCUGAUGAGGAUGGCGGUAGCCCCAUUACUGGAUACUGGGUGGAGAGGUUUGAGCCAGAUGCUGACAAAUGGAUCAGAUGCAACAAGCUUCCCAUCAGGGAUACCACAUUCAGAGUGAAGGGGUUGCCUACAAGAAAGAAGUAUAAGUUCCGUGUCUUGGCUGAAAAUCUUGCUGGACCUGGCAAACCAAGCAAAGAGACAGACCAGAUCCUCAUUAAGGAUCCAAUUGAUCCUCCCUGGGCUCCAGGUAAACCCACCAUUAGAGACGUUGCCAAGACAUCUGCUUUCCUUCAGUGGACCAAACCCGAGCACGAUGGUGGUGCCAAAAUUGAGUCCUACAUCAUUGAGCUCCUCAAGAGCGGAACCGAUGAGUGGGUCCGUGUUGCUGAUGGCAUUGUCAGCCUGGAGCAUUUCCUGAAGGGUCUGAUGGAGAAGCAGGAGUACUCCUUCCGUAUCAGAGCUGUGAAUGCAGCAGGAGAAAGUGAACCCAGUGAACCAAGUGAUCCUGUGCUGUGCAAGGAGAGACUAAAUCCUCCAUCACCUCCAAGAUGGCUUCAGGUGGUGAAUGUGACCAGGAACAGUGCUGAGCUGAAAUGGACGCCCCCUGAGAGGGACGGUGGUUCACCCAUCAUCAACUACAUUGUGGAAAAGAGAGACGUCAGGCGCAAAGGCUGGCAAGCAGUGGACACCACUGUCAAGGAGUGCAAGUACACAGUCACUCCUCUGAACGACGGUGCCCUCUACGUGUUCCGCGUCGCUGCUGAGAACUCAGUUGGGCCCAGCGCAUACUGUGAACUUGCAGACUCCGUUCUGGCCAAGGAUACAUUUACUACUCCUGGACCCCCAUAUGCUUUGGCUGUUACUGACAUUUCCAAGCGUUAUGUUGACUUAGUAUGGGAAGCCCCACAGAAUGAUGGUGGAAGACCAAUAACCAGAUAUCAGAUUGAGAAAAAAGAGAAACUCGGCACUCGCUGGAUGAAGUCUGGAAAGACAUCUGGCCCUGACUGCAAGUACAGAGUAACUGAUGUGAUUGAGGGAACUGAGGUUCAAUUCCAAGUCUGUGCUGAGAACGAGGCUGGUGUUGGCCACCCAAGUGAACCCACUGAGAUCCUCACCAUUGAGGACCCAACAGGCCCACCAUCUCCUCCUCAGGAACUGCAAAUCACCGAAGCCGCAAGAGACCACAUCUCUUUCGCCUGGAAACCUCCAGAGAGGCAUGGAGGAUGCCCAGUCUCUGGCUAUCACAUUGAGCUCUGUGAGGCCGGAACUGAGAAAUGGAUGAGAGUGAACUCCCGUCAGGUCAAGGAGCUGAAGUUCACCGCAGGACCAGAGGAGGGCAUUGUUCCUGAAAAGGCAUACAUCGUGAGAGUGCGCGCUGUGAACUCCGUCGGUGUCAGCGAGCCCUCUGACAUUUCUGAUAAAAUCUACGCCAAAGACGCUGACUGCAACCCAACAAUGGAGUUGGCAAGUCAGGACAUGGUUGUUGUGGAGGGCGAGAAGAUGCAUAUUCCAAUUAAAUUCAAAGCUGUGCCAUCGCCUAAAGUGAUCUGGCACAAAGAUGGCAGUGAAAUGAAGGCUGAUGAGAGGAUCAGUUUCAGGACUGAAUACACAGCCUGUCACCUGGAGAUUCCCAGCUGCCUUCAUGCAGAUGCUGGGCAGUACAAGGUCACCCUGGAGAAUAGCCUUGGCACCACAAGCGGAACAAUCAGUGUUAAAGUCAUUGGUCUUCCUGGACCAUGCAAGGAGAUUGUGGCCAGUGAAAUCACUAAGAACACCUGCAAGAUAUCCUGGGAUCCUCCAAACUAUGAUGGAGGCAGCCCCAUUCUUCACUACGUCCUACAGCGCAGAGAGGCAGGAAGGAGAACCUAUACUAAUGUCAUGUCCGGCGAAAACAAAGUCAGCUGGCCCGUUAAGGAUUUGAUCCCCCAUGGAGAGUACUAUUUCCGUGUCAAGGCAGUAAACAAGAUUGGUGGAGGAGAGUACCUUGAGCUCAAAAACCCUGUGAUUGCUGAGGAUCAGAAGCAGCGUCCAGAUCCACCUCUUGAUGUUGAGACCCACAAUCCAACUGCUCACACUGUUACCCUGACCUGGAAGCCGCCCAUGUAUGAUGGUGGCUGCAAGAUCAUGGGUUACAUUCUGGAGAGGAUGAUGAAGGGUGAAGAGAAGUUUGAGAGAUGCAAUGACUUCCUGGUGCCAGUGCUGUCCUACACAGUGAAAGGUCUGAAGGAAGGAAAGCAGUACCAGUUCCGUGUGAUGGCUGAGAAUGCUGCUGGAAUCAGCGACCCAUCACGCAGCACUCCAAUGGUGAAAGCAUCUGACUCUGUCGAAUCACCAAAGGUCUUCCUCAGUGGAAGUCUCCAAUCUGGCCUGCAGGUCAAGAGAGGCUAUGAGAUCAGACUGGAUGCCUGCAUCUCUGGUGCCCCAUACCCAACAAUCACCUGGAUGAGGAAUGAUCUGGUCCUUAGGCCCGAGACCCCGCAGGAGCGCCCAGAGAAGCCAGUUGUCAAGAAGAAGAAGGAAAAGGAGGAAGCCAAGGAAGCAAAAGAGGCUAAGGAAGAUGCCCCUGUAGCCAAGGAGGGUGAAGAGAAGAAGGAGCCGGAGGCCAAGGACAAGGAAGCUGCAGAGGCUAAAGAAAAACCAGCUGCCGAGGCCAAAGAGAAGGAACCCGGUGAGGCAAAGGCCGAAGAGGCCAAGAAAGAAGAGAAGGCCCCAGAGGAGGAAGUCAAGGAGCCUGAGGAGCCAGACCACCUACCCCUCCAGCAGCGUCUCACGAUCAACAGCUCCAGGAAGGGGGAAUCUUUCAUCAUCAUCAAAGACUCCGUCAGAUCAGACUAUGGAGUGUUCUCCAUCAGAGUGGAGAAUGAUCAUGGAAUUUGCACUGCAACCUGCGAAGUCAAUGUCCUUGACACCCCUGGGCCUCCUGUUAACGUAAGAUAUGAGGAGGUCAGAAAGAACUCUGUCAUCUGCAAGUGGGACCCACCUCUUGAUGAUGGUGGCAGUGAAAUCCUGAACUACACGCUGGAGAAGAAAGACAACUCCAAGGUUGAAAUUGGAUGGACAACUGUCACAACAACCUUGAGAGGAUGCAGAUACCCAGUACCAAAACUGCUUGAAGGCAAAGAGUACAUCUUCCGUGUCAUUGCUGAAAACAAGUUUGGACCUGGAAUCCCAGCAAUCUCCAAACCUAUGAUCGCAAAGAAUCCUUUCGAUCCACCAGAGACUCCUGAGAAGCCAGAAAUCGAUGACGUCACAGCUCACAGUAUGCUUGUCUCUUGGGAACCACCCAAUGAUAAUGGCAGCCCCAUCCAGGGAUACUGGUUGGAGAAGAGAGAAAUCAACAGCACCCACUGGACACGUGUCAAUCGCAACAUGAUUCCUGACGCCGAGUUGAAUGUUGAAGGCCUUUUGGAGGGUCUGACAUACAUUUUCAGAGUUGCUGCUGAGAAUCAGGCUGGACCCGGAAAGUUCAGUCCCCCAUCAGAGCCCAGAACAGCACAAGCUCCGAUAUUGCCUCCUGGUCCACCAAUUCCAAGAGUUGUGGAUACAACUGACCACUCCAUUGAAGUGGAGUGGGAUCCACCUCUGGAUAACGGAGGAGGAGAAAUCCAAGGCUACCAUGUUGACAAGUUGAUAGCUGGUACAAAGGACUGGUCCCGUAACACAGAGAGGCCAUGGAAACAGCGUACCUUCACUGUGUUUGGUGUGAGAGAGGGUGGUAAAUACAUUAUCCGUGUGAUUGCAAUAAAUUCAGCCGGAGAGGGAGCACCUGGUAUGACAGCGGGUGUCAUUGUGAGAAAUCCUGCAGAGGUUCCAGUUUGUGAGCUGGACCUCUCUAUUAAGAAUGGCGUCAUCAUUAGAGCUGGUGAGACACUGAGGCUGCCUUGCCAUGUUCUUGGAAAACCACAACCAAGCAUUAAAUGGCUAAAAGAGGACAAGGACCCUGACAAGGAACGGGUGGAAAUUGAAGAUGUCGGUCGUGACAGCACUCUUAUUAUUAAGAAUGUACAGAGAGGUGACUGUGGUAAAUACCAGAUCACCGCUGCCAAUCCUAGUGGAAUUAAGUCAGCAUCAACCAGAGUUGAGGUUAUGGAUGUUCCUGGGCCUGUAACUGAUCUGAAGCCUGUUGUUGUGACGAGGAAGUUGAUGAUGUUGAACUGGGGUGAUCCUGAUGAUGACGGUGGUAGUGAUGUCAUUAGCUUCAUUAUUGAAAGAAAGGAACCUAAGGCACGUACUUGGAAACAGCCUAUGGAGACACCUUCAUCCAAAUGUGAAAUUGUGGGCAUUGUGGAAGGACAGGAAUACAUAUUCCGUGUUGUGGCAAAGAAUAAAUAUGGUUGUGGUCCUCCAGUUGAUCUUGGUCCUAUUCGUGCAGUGGAUCCUCUGUCUCCACCAUCGUCUCCUGAGAAGUUCCACUAUUCUGAAAGGACAAAGUCGUCCCUUAGCCUUACGUGGAGGCCACCUCGUAAUGAUGGUGGCAGCCCAAUUAGUGGCUACAUCAUUGAGAAGAAGAGACAAGAUGAACAGAACUUUGUGCCUGUCAAUAAGGAGCUCUGCACAAAUCUGUUCAUGACUGUGGAAGACCUUACAGAGAUGUUCAUGUAUGAAUUCCGUGCCAAAGCAGUCAAUGCUUUGGGAACUAGCGAGCCAUCUAUCACAAUGACAGUUGUCAUUCAAGAUGAUGAAGUCGCCCCAAGCUUGACCAUGUUGAAACACUUCAAGGCUGACACAAUCACUAUCAGGAAGGGACAACCAGUUGAGAUUCCUGCUCAAGUGACAGGCCUUCCACUACCAAAGAUUGAAUGGUUUAAGGAUGACGUCUUGAUUCCUGAACCACCUCCCGAUGAGACUGUUGUGAUUGAAACAGUGGAAGUGAACAGACAGACAGAAAAUACAAAACUGAUCAUUCCUGCUAUUGCAAGGAAAGAUAAGGGCUAUUAUACAGUCUCUGCAAAUAAUCGCCUUGGAACUGUCACUCAUAGUGUCCUGAUUCAAGUUCUUGAUCGCCCUACGCCACCAAGAAAUCUCAUCAUUUCAAACAUCAAGGCAGAAUCCUGCCACCUCACUUGGGAUCCCCCACUGGAUAAUGGAGGAAGUGAGCUCACAAAUUACAUUGUUGAGAAGAAGCAGAUCCGUGAAAUUGAGGAGGAAGAAACUGCUCCUGAGCCUGCUCCUGAGUCUGCUCCUGAGCCUGACUGGGUGAAGGUCACGAGCACCAUUGUUGAGAGGAAAUAUGGGGUGUGGGAGUUGGAAACCGAUGGUACUUACCAGUUCAGAGUCAGGGCUGAGAACAAGUAUGGAAUCAGUGAGGCAUGUGAGUCAAAGGAGGUGAUGAUCAAGGAUCCUUUUGGCCUUCCUGGUCCACCACAGAACCUCAAGAUUGCCGAACAUUCCAAGACCCACAUGCUGGUGACAUGGGAACCACCCAGAGAAAGUGGUGGCUCAGUCAUCACUGGUUACUGGCUUGAGAAGAGAGAGAAGGGAUCAUCUUACUGGUCCCGCGUGAACAAAAUCCCUAUCUCAAAGAGGGGUACCAAGGGCUGGGAGUCCCUGGUUACCCGUCUCAUUGAGGGCAAUGAGUAUGAGUUCCGCUGCAUGGCCUGCAAUGCUGCUGGAAUUGGACCACCCAGUGCAAUUUCUGAAUCUGCUUUCGCUGACGAGCCAAUCACUGUUCCUGGCCAGCCAGCUGCACCAGAAGUUGCCGACAAAACCAAGCGCAGUGUCACCCUUUCGUGGGUUCCACCAGCUAAAGAUGGCGGAAGCCCCAUUAAAGGUUACAUCAUUGAAAUUCAGGAUGAGGGUUCUUCCAGCUGGCUCCGUAUCAAUGAUGAAGAGACUCUCCAUCCAACCACGGAAUUCAAUGUACCAAAUCUCAGAGAGCUGAAGAGGUACAAGUUCAGAAUUGUUGCCGUGAACGACAUUGGAGAAUCAUUGCCAAGUCCCCAAACUGCUGAUAUUCUUCUUGAGGAUGUUCAAGUGGGACCAAAGAUCUGGGUGGAUGUUAAUGCACAUGACAUGUUGUCCAUCCGUGCUGGAUCUGUGAUCAAAAUCCCUGCAAGAAUCACAGGUCGCCCAGUACCAAAGGUUACAUGGGAGUUUAUUGGACCUGCUAAGACUGUAAAGAAGGAUCGCCUUCAUACGGUGCCUGUUGAAGCACAGGUUGAAUCCACUGACACUACUUCUGUGGUCACAAUUCCCGUGAGUUUGAGGAGCCAUUCUGGCAGAUACACGAUCACUGCUAAGAACAAGUCUGGACAGAAGCACAUCAAUGUUAUGGUGAAUGUGCUUGAUGUGCCUGGGCCUCCAAAGGAGCUGAGAGUAACAGACAUCACUAGAGCCACAAUGAGACUCAUCUGGAAGCUGCCUGACAAUGACGGUGGGGAGAGAAUCAAGAGCUACUUCCUUGAGAAGAAGGCCAUCACAGGAAAGGCUUGGACUGUAGUCAAUCAGGCCUGUGCCAGCCAAGCCUUUGUUGUAGCUAACCUUGUUGAAGGAAAUGACUACCUCUUCCGCUGCCGCGCUGAAAAUCGUCUCGGCAUGGGACCAUAUACAGAGACCACUGAGCCUGCCAAGGCCAGAGAUCCGAUUUAUCCUCCCGAUCCUCCAACAAAGGUGAAGAUCAAUCUUGUCACCAAGGACACUGUGACCUUGACCUGGAUGCCCCCCAAGAACAAUGGAGGUUCUCCAGUGAAGCACUACAUUAUUGAGCGCCUGAGCUGGGACACCACCGGCCCACAGAAAGAGACCUGGAAACAGUGCAACAAGCGUGAGGUGGAAGAGACCAUGUUCAUUGUUGAGGAGCUUAAAGAGGGUGGAGAGUAUGAAUUCCGUGUCAAGGCUGUGAACGAGGCUGGUCCUAGCAGACCAUCUGCCACAGCAGGACCAAUCGUGAUCAAAGACCAAACAUGUGCUCCAACUAUUGAACUCAAGGAGGCCAUGGAGGGCGCUGAGGGUUAUGAUGUCAACAUCGUAGCUAGAAUUCAGGGCUGUCCAUUCCCCUCUCUUGUGUGGCAGAAGGCUUCUCUGGAUAAGCCAGAGGAAAAGGCUGUUGUGCAGUACGGUCAACACGUCAACAAAAUUGUCACUAAUGAUAAAUGCACCCUGCUGAUUCAGCAGACUAAGAGAGACGACAGUGCUCUUUACACACUCACUGCCAGCAACAGCCUUGGCAAGGCAUCCAAGGACAUCAAACUCACUAUCCUGGGCCGACCUGGACCACCCGUUGGACCAAUCAAGUUUGGAGAAAUCUUUGCUGAGAGGAUUUCAAUGACCUGGCAGCCGCCCACAGAUGAUGGUGGCUCAAAGAUCACAAACUAUGUUGUUGAGAAGCGUGAGGACAACAGGAAGACAUAUGUGCAUGUCUCCAGUGAUCCCAAAGAAUGCGCUUACACAGUGCAGAGACUCACAGAGGGUCACGAAUACGAGUUCCGUGUUAUGGCUCAGAACAAAUACGGAGUUGGACCACCACUCUUCAGUGAACCUGAGAAAGCAAGAAAUCUUUUCACUGUUCCUGGCCAAUGUGAGAAGCCCACUGUCUUAGAUGUAACCCUUGAGUCAAUGACAGUCGAGUGGGACGAGCCAGAAUACGAUGGCGGCUCCCCAAUCACAGGCUACUGGCUGGAACGCAAGGAGACAACAGGCAAGCGCUGGACCAAAGUCAACCGUGACCCUCUUAGAGUUAUGCCUCUUGGAAUGGAACACAUUGUCACUGGACUCUUGGAGGGGGCUAUUUACCAGUUCCGUGUCACUGCCAUCAAUGCUGCUGGACCUGGACUUCCAAGCGUUCCAUCAGAUCCAGUUAUGUCAAGAGACCCCAUUGCUCCCCCUGGACCACCAACACCCAAGGUUACAGACUGCACAAAAUCAACAGUUGAUCUUGAAUGGAUUCCACCAAUUGUAGAUGGUGGUUCUAAGAUCACAGGAUACUUUGUUGAGUACAAAGAGGAGGGGCAAGAGGAAUGGGAGAAGGCUAAAGACAAGGAGAUCAGAGGUACCAAGUUCGUUGUUCCUGGACUGAAGGAACUCGGACUUUACAGAUUCAGGGUCAGAGCAGUGAAUGCUGCUGGUGUUGGCGAACCUGGUGAUGUCUCUGAAGUAAUUGAAGUCAAGGACAGAACAGUUGCCCCUGAGGUGGAUCUGGAUGCAUCUGUGAAGGAGAAGAUUGUUGUCCAUGCUGGAGGGGUUAUCCGUAUCAUAGCCUAUGUAUCAGGCAAACCCGCCCCAGAGAUCACCUGGAGCAGGGAUGAUGCACCUGUGCCCAAAGAGGCUGUUGUGGAGACCACUGUCAUCAGCUCAGCUUUGGUGAUCAAGGGAUGCAGAAGGCACCAUCAAGGCAUUUACACUCUAACUGCCAAAAAUGAGGGAGGAGAGAGAAAGAAGGCAGUCAUUGUUGAGGUCUUGGAUGUCCCUGGCCCUGUGGGUGAGCCCUUCUCUGGUGAGAAUCUCACAACUGACUCCUGUAAAUUGACCUGGUACACACCUGAAGAUGAUGGAGGCUCAGCAAUCACCAACUACAUCAUUGAGAAGAGAGAGUCAGACCGCAGAGGCUGGACUUCAGUGUCAUACACUGUCACCAGAAACAAUGCUGUGGUACAGGGUCUGAUCGAUGGAAAGGGAUACUUCUUUAGAAUUGCAGCUGAAAAUAUCAUUGGAAGAGGUCCCUUUAUUGACACACCAAAACAAGUUAUGAUCAAGGAUCCAAUUUCUGUCCCAGAACGUCCAGAAGAUCUGCACAUUACAGCUGUCAAGAAAGACCGCAUCAGCGUGGCCUGGAGACCACCCAAGUAUGAUGGUGGCUCAGAAAUCACAGGUUACGUGCUUGAGGCUCGUCUGAUUGGAAAGGACAACUUCACCCGCAUCACAGAGGAUAAGCUCAUGGAAAGGAUGUUCACAUAUGAGGGUCUUAAAGAUGGCUCCUCUUAUGAAUUCCGUGUCAGUGCUGUGAAUGCUGUUGGCCAAGGCAAGCCCUCUUUCAGCACAAAACCAGUAACUUGCAAAGAUGAGCUUGAACCACCAUCACUUGACUUUGACUUCCGUGAGAAAAUAACUGUGCGUGUUGGAGAGCCCUGCCUCAUCCAAAGCCGCUACAAAGGAAAGCCAGAGCCUACAAUUAAAUGGAUGAAGGAAGAAGAGGAGCUUAAGGCAGAUGAAGACCUCAUAGUCUCACAUACCAGCAAGUCCCUGUGCAUCAACAUUGCCAAGGCCAAGCGUGGGCACAGUGGAAAAUACACAGUCAUUCUGGAGAACAGCAUUGGUUCAUGCAAGGGAAUCUGUACUCUGGUAGUUGUUGAUCGCCCACAACCACCACAGGGUCCUGUCACCUUUAACGAAAUCUGCAGGGGUCACAUGGUCAUUUCUUGGAGACCCCCACUGGAUGAUGGCGGAUGUGCAAUCUCCAACUACAUUGUAGAGAAGAGAGACUCCAACAGAGACCUCUGGAUGCCUGUCUCAGAGUCCUGCACCAGAACAGAAUGCAAAGUUCCUAAACUGAUUGAAGGACGUGACUACAUUAUCAGAAUCUGUGCUCAGAACAUCCAUGGCAUUAGUGACCCAUUGCUGACGGCUGAGACAAAAGCAAGGGACGUGUUCAGGGUACCUGACCCACCCUCACAGCCAGUGGUGAAGGAGGUUUAUAAGGACACUGCUCUCAUCACCUGGGAACCACCAACUGUUGAUGGAGGCAAGCCUGUCACCAACUACAUUGUGGAGAGGAAAGAGACAAUGGGCAAAAGAUGGGCACAGUGUGGAAAGGAACGGAUCUUCCCCAAAACUGAGCACUGGGUUCAAGAGCUCCUGCCUGGCUGUGAAUAUGAGUUCCGCGUCAUGGCUGAGAAUGUUGUUGGUGUGGGUGACCCGAGUGUUCCAACAAAGCCCAUCUUUGCCAAGGAUCCCAUUGUUAUUCCAAGCCCACCUGUUAAUUUGGAGGCUAUUGAUCAUACCAAGGACUCAGUCACUAUUGCCUGGAAGCAACCACUUGACUGUGGAAGAGGCAAGAUCUUUGGAUAUCUUCUUGAGUAUCAGAAAGCUGGAGAGGAAGAGUGGCUUCAGGUCAAUCAAACUCCUGAUUCCUGCCAGGAGACAAAUUUCAAAAUCAUCAAUCUCGAGGAUGGCUCGCUGUACAGGUUCAGAGUGAAAGCUGUGAACGCUGCUGGUGAAUCUGAUCCUGCCACUCUCAAGGAGCCUGUGAGAGCAGUGGACAGACUUGAGCCACCAGAACUUAUCCUGGAUGCUAAUAUGACAAGAGAGGUGAAAGCCAUGGCAGGAACUCACAUUGUACUGAAAGCUUCAGUCAAAGGAAUACCCUUCCCCACAGUCACAUGGAAGAAGAAUGAGAAAGAAGUGCCUCCAAGAGCUGAAAUGACCACUGCUGGAUCACAAACCAAGUUGGAGAUGCGUUUCUGUAAUCGCAAUGACUGUGGCGAUUACACACUGACUGUGGAGAAUCCUGCUGGAUCCAAGACAGCCACAUGCACAGUGCUUGUCCUUGACAAACCUGGUCCCAUUCAGCACCUGAGGGUAUCUGAUGUCAGGUGUGACUCAGCUCAACUCUCUUGGAAAGACCCAGAGGAUAAUGGUGGAGCACGCAUCACUAAUUUUGUGGUGGAGAAAAAGGAUGCAGCAUCAGCACAGUGGGUGCCAGUGUGCUCAACCUCGAAGAAGCGCAGUAUGAUGCUAAAGCACCUCAUGGAAGGCACUUCCUACCUGUUCCGUGUUGCUGCUGAGAAUCAGUUUGGCAGAAGUGAAUUUAUUGAGACAACCAAAGCUGUCAAAGCCAUGAAUCCUUUAUUCCCACCUGGACCACCAAAAGACUUGCAUCAUGUUGAUGUAGACAAAACAGAGGUCUGGCUUAAAUGGAACUGGCCAGAUCGCACAGGAGGAAGUGAUAUCACUGGAUUCUUGGUUGAGUACCAAGAGGAGGGAGAGAGAGACUGGAUUGUCUUUAAAACAGUCAGUAUUCCUGAGUGCCAUGUGGUAGGGCUUGAGGAAGGCAAGACCUACAGGUUCCGUGUUAAGACUGAGAAUGCUAUUGGUCUUAGCCGGCCAGAUACCACAUUGCCUGUUCUGUGUCAGGAAAAACUUGUGCCUCCUAUUGUUGAGGUUGAUGUGAAACUUAUUGAAGGAAUAAUUGUCAAAGCUGGAAGCACAAUUAGGAUGCCUGCCAUUAUGAGAGGCAUACCUAUUCCUACUGCAAAAUGGGUCGUUGAUGACACAGAGAUUGUGAGCGAAGGAAAUGUCAAAGUUGACACAGACAACUUCUCCACUAAUCUCACCAUAUCAGAGUGUACAAGAAAUCACACUGGAAUUUAUCUCCUCACAGUCUCAAAUGCUGCUGGAAGUAAGACUGUUGCUUUGAACAUUACUGUUCUUGACGUCCCAGAUGCACCAGUUGGCCCUGUCAAUCUCCUUGAGGUCACUCCUGAGUACAUGCUUAUUGACUGGCGUCCUCCUAAGGAUGAUGGUGGAAGCCCUGUCACAAACUACAUUGUUGAGAAGAGAGAAUCCAAGAAGGAAACCUGGGGUGGAGUGAGCUCUGGCAGCACCAGCACCAAAUUGAAGAUUAGUCGUCUCCAGAAGGGGGUUGAGUAUAUUGUGCGUAUUCGUGCAGAAAACAAGAUUGGCAUUGGUGCUGCACUUGAAAGUGCACCUACUGUUGCUCAGCACUCGUUUGAAGCACCUGGUCGUCCUGGUAAACCAACUGUGUCUGACCUAUCUGAAGAUUAUUUGACUCUUGGUUGGACCAUGCCCUUGUAUGAUGGUGGUAGUCCAAUCACUGGAUAUCUUAUUGAGCGUAGACAUGUUGGAGGCAAAUGGAUUAGGGUGAAUAAGAAACCCUGCAAGGAUCUUAGGUACAAGGUACUUGGACUAUAUGAGGGAACUAGCUAUGAGUUCAGAGUCUUUGCAGAAAAUAUUACUGGCUACAGUGGACCUUCUCCAACCUCAGAUCCUGCUACACCCUGCCGACCAAUCACUGUGCCUGGACCUCCAGUCAAUCCCAAAGUGAAAGACUACAGUAAGACACAUGCUGACCUGGUCUGGAUAAAACCUACUAAGGAUGGAGGCAGCCCUAUCUUGGGAUACGUUGUGGAGAUGCAGAAGGCCGGUGGUGAAUGGGAGAGAUGUAAAAAAGAUGACCUGAUUAAACUAUGUGCCUUCCAGGCCACAGGCCUUGAAGAGGGUGUUGAGUACAGGUUCCGUGUCAGAGCAGUAAACAUGAUUGGAGAUGGUGAAACCAGAGAAGUUCCAGAAUCUAUCAUUGCUCAGGAUAUCUUGAUCCCUCCAGAGAUUGAGAUGGAUGCAACAUGCCGCACACGUGUAACUGUAAGGGUUGGACAUAACAUUAACAUCCAAGGCUAUAUUAGGGCAAGACCUGACCCAGAAAUUACAUGGUCCAAGGGUGACAAGAUUCUGGAAAAAGACAAGCGCACCACAAUCACAACUAACCUCCCAGUUGUUCACUUCCACAUCAAAGAGGCCCAGAGAGCAGAUCAUGGUCAAUAUGUUCUCAAAGCUGUCAAUGACAGUGGUGAGGCAGCAGCAACCGUUACUGUAAAUGUCUUAGACAGACCUGGACACUGUAAGAAUCUGAUGAUAACAUAUGUGUCCAGGCAUUCUUGCAUGAUAUCCUGGGAAAAUCCUGAGGACAAUGGUGGUACCGAAAUCACUCAUUACAUUGUUGAGUUGCGUGAACCCAGUGUGAGAGCAUGGUCUGUGAUUUCAUCUGAGUGCACAAACUGCAUGAUCAAGGCCAAACUAUUGGAUGGCCAUGAAUACUUCUUCCGUGUCUCUGCAGCAAACAAAUGUGGCCCUGGGCCAACAAUAGAGACAAAGGUACCAAUCCUUGCCAUUGACCGCAUUGAGAAGCCUGGCGAGCCAGAGAAAUUCCAUGUCACUGACCUGACUAAGAAUUCAGUCUCCCUUAGAUGGCGAAGACCAGACUAUGAUGGAGGAUGUCAAAAUCUAUUCUACAAUUUGGAGAGAAAAGCCAAAGAUGCUGAAGAAUGGGAGGAACUGAACCCUGAACUACUCAAAGACACAUUCUUCACUGAUGAGAAAUGUGUUGAGAACCAAGUGUACGUUUUCAGGGUUCAAACUGUAAAUGAUGGAGGAGAAAGUAACUGGGUAAAGACCGGUGAGAUUAUUGUCAAAGAUGACAUCCAGAAACCAGUCAUUGACCUGAAGUUUACUGGCACCACAGUGGUAAAGGCUGGUGAUUCUGUCAGACUGGAAGCUGGUAUCAGAGGCAAACCAAUACCAGAGGUUACAUGGGUCAAAGAUAAAUGCACUGCUGACAAUCCCAGGCUUUCUAUUGAAAAUGGCCCUGAUUACUCUAAAUUCCUCAUGACCAAAUCUAAGCGUGGGGAUACUGGUAAAUAUAUAAUUACAGCCACAAAUCCUGCUGGAAGCUUCACAGCCUAUGGUAACAUUACCGUUUUGGACGUACCAGGCCCUGUGAGGGAUUUGAAGAUUACUGGUCUUGCAUCUGACAAGUGUAGAGUUGUUUGGGAUCCACCAGCAGAUGAUGGUGGUUGUGAGGUUGACACCUACAUCCUGGAGAAGUGUGAGACUAGAAGAAUGGUUUGGUCCACUUAUUCAGCCUCUGUGGUCACCAACUACUGCAAUGUCACUCGUCUCGUGGAAGGAAAUGAGUACAUCUUCAGGGUCAGGGCUGAAAACAAAAUGGGGACAGGUCCUCCCAUUGAAAGCAAGGCCAUUACUGUCAAAACUCAGUUUAACAGACCUGGACCACCAGAAGUUCCAGAGAUCACUAAGAUUGGCAAAGAGGAAAUGACAGUCGUAUGGGCUCCUCCAGAGAAUGAUGGAGGAAAGUCUAUCACUGGAUACAUCCUGGAAAGGAAAGAGAAACGUGCUGUCCGAUGGGUGCCAGUUACAAAAAGUGCAAUUUCAGAAAGACGCAUGAAGGUCACAAACUUGAUCCCCAACCAUGAAUAUCAAUUCCGUGUGAAGGCUGAAAAUGAGGUCGGUUUGGGAGAGCCCAGCAAGCCCACAAGACCUGUUGCUGCCAAAGAUCCAAUUGAACCUCCUGGUCCUCCCAGCAGCUUGAAAGUGGCUGACAGCACAAAGACAUGCAUUACACUUGGCUGGGCCAAGCCUGUAUAUGAUGGCGGUGCUCCAAUCCUGGGAUAUCUUGUGGAAAUGAAGGAAAAGCUUGAAGGCGAACCUGAAGAACCAGAAGAAGAAGUAGAAGAAGAAGCUGAACCUGAACCCGAAAAGCCUGCAGCUGAACCUGAAACAGUAGAAGGUGAAAAGGCUGAGGGUGAAUUGAUAGAAGGUGAAAAGCCUGAAGAAGUUGUUCCGGUUAAAAAGGCAAAGGCUCCAGAGUCACCCUGGAAGAAGUGUAGCACUGGCGGAGCUCUAGUUCUCACAGAAUUCACCAUUCUCAAUCUGGAUGAGAGGAAGCAAUAUCAGUUCCGUGUCUCAGCUCAAAACCAGGUGGGCUGGGGUCGCCCCGCAAGACUGAAAGAGGCAGUGUCACCUAAGGAAGUUCUUGAGGCCCCAGAGAUUGAUUUGGAUGCAAGUCUCAGGAAGGGACUUUCUGUCAGAGCUGGCUGCCCUAUUAGACUCUUUGCAACAAUCAGAGGAAGACCAGCUCCUAAAGUUACAUGGAAACGCAUCGGUGAAGAUAAUGUUAUUCGCAAGGGACAUGUGGAUCAAGUUGAUACAAUGUCCUUCCUUGUCAUCCCUGAAAGUACCCGUGAGGAUUCAGGAAAAUACUCCCUGACUCUGUCAAACUCCUGUGGGGAGAAGGCCAUAUUUGUGCGUGUGAAAGUGUUAGACACUCCUGGACCAGUUGGUGGACUGGAAGUAACUGAUGUCACAAAGACAUCAUGCCAGCUUGCUUGGCUACCUCCUGAAAAUGAUGGUGGUAGUACUAUAUUGAAUUAUAUGGUCGAGAAGCGUGAGGUUGAUAGGAAGACUUGGACAAACUGCACCAAUGAAAUAAAGAAGACAAGCUUCAAGAUCACAAAUCUUACACCAGGACUUGACUACUACUUCCGAGUCAUGGCAGUAAAUAAGUAUGGCAUUGGUGUACCUAAAGAUUCUCCCAAGGCAUACCUGGCAACUGAUGCUAUGAGUGAACCUGAUCCUCCCAAGAAGAUGGAUGUUUUGGAUAUUACAAAGAACAGUGCAACCCUGGGAUGGUUGAGACCACUGAGAGAUGGUGGAGCCAAGAUUAACGGCUACAUUGUUGACUACCAAGAGGAUGGUGAGCCUGAGGAUAAAUGGACACCAUAUUCAGUUGUAAAAGAUUUAACCAUUGUUGUUGUUGGACUGAAAGAAAAUACAAAGUACAGAUUCAGAGUGGCUGCAAGGAAUGCAAUCGGAUGCAGUCUUGCCAGAGAGGCCGAGGGAAUCUUUGAGGUCAAGGAACAGCUAAUGGCACCAAGGCUAAUAGUGCCAGAUGUAGUCACUGUGAAGGCUGGAACCAAGCUGAAAAUUGAGGCACUUGUGGCCGGUAAACCUUCACCUUCCACUAAAUGGAAGAUUGGCAAUGAAGAUGUGGUAACCUCAGAUCGUACGUCUGUGCAAAGAACUCCAAAUUCCACCACCCUCUUGGUCAAAGACGUUAGCAGGAGGGACAGUGGUUACUACAGUCUUGCUGUUUCAAAUAGUGUCUCAAAGAUCAACCAGAUCAUAAAAGUCAUUGUUAUGGACAUUCCUGGUCCACCUGAAGCUCCUCUUGAAAUUGUCGAAGUGGAUACUGACUCUUGCACUUUGGCAUGGAAUCAACCACAAGAGGAUGGUGGAAGCAGUAUAACCAACUAUAUUGUGGAGAAAUGUGAUGUAAGCAGAGGUGACUGGGUCAUAGCUGCUUCCUCUUGCACCCAGACCGGCUACAAAGUUGGAAAGCUCACACAAGGACAAGAAUAUGGUUUCCGUGUGCGUGCAGAGAACCGCUUUGGCAUUUCAGAGCCUAUUUAUUCUCAGAAGAUGAUUGCAAGACAUCCUUUCGAUACUCCUAGUGAGCCAAGAAAUGUCACUCUCAAGAAGAUUAACAAAGACUUUGUGAUCCUCACCUGGGAAAUACCAGCAUUUGAUGGUGGCAGCCCUCUGACUGGAUACUGUAUUGAACGUAAAGAGAGAAACAGUAUACUCUGGACUAGGGCUAAUGAGAUUUUAGUUCGUUCGACAGAAUACACUUGCUUUGGCCUAAUUGAAGGUCUUGAGUAUACCUUCAGGGUGUCUGCCAUGAACAAGGCAGGUCAGGGUAAACUUAGCAAGCAGACCGAUUUCAUCACAGCAAGGACUGCAGUUGAUCCACCUGGCAAACCAGAGGCCAUUGAUGUGACCAAGGGUUCUGUAGCUCUUGUUUGGAACCGUCCAGAAAAUGAUGGAGGCAGUAAGCUCAUUGGAUAUUAUGUUGAAUCGCAGAAGGUACCUGAGGAGAAGUGGGUGCGCCACAAUGCCAACUGUCAGAAUGUGCCAAAGGAGAACUUCGUUGUUACUGGACUUGAGGAAGGCGCUCAAUACAAAUUCAGAAUAAUUGCAAAGACAGCAAUAAAUCAGAGUUUGCCCUCAGAGGAAACAGACGCCAUUCCUGUUAUAGCAGAACAUGUUCCACCAAGAGUUGAGAUUGCCAUUGAGAUGAAAAACCUGAUCAUAGUGAAGGCUGGAGCAAAUGUGUCACUUGAAGCUGAGGUCUAUGGAAAACCAUUCCCGAAGGUUUCAUGGAAGCAUAAUGGCGAACCCUUGAAGCUGACUGAAGGAAUGAAAGUGAAACAGGACAGACACCUGUUUUCUCUGGAACUUUUCGCUGUAGCCAGAAAGGAAACAGGAGAGUAUACUAUUGUUGCUGAAAAUUCAAGUGGAUCCAAAUCUGGCAACAUUAGGCUGAAGGUUCUUGACAAACCUGGACCUCCAGCAUCAGUGAAGGUCAGCCACAUCUUUGCAGACCGUGUCAAACUUAGAUGGGAACAACCUAUAGCUGAUGGUGGCUCUGAAAUAACCAACUACAUUGUAGACAAACGUGAGACAAGCAGAGCCAACUGGGCUCAGGUCACAUCCAAUAUCAAUGGGCAGAUCACAACCUGUUCAGUGGAGAAACUGAUUGAGGGUCAUGAGUAUGAGUUCCGUAUCAGUGCUGAAAACAAGUAUGGUGUUGGGGAUCCCAUUGUCACUGACAGUGUAAUUGCAAAGAAUCCGUUUGGAGUUCCUGGACCUUCUGAACCACCAAUCAUCACAAACAUCAUGUGCAAUCAGAUGACUGUGACAUGGAAGGCACCUAAAGAUGAUGGGCGUGCACCUAUCCUUGGAUACAUUGUUGAAAAACGUGAAAGUCAAGAGGUCAAUUGGGCUAAAGUCAAUCGUAAACCGGUGAUAGACAGAACCAUCAAGGCACCCGGCCUCUCAGAGGGAACGGAGUAUGAGUUUAGAGUUACUGCCCUCAACAAAGCAGGCCUUGGAAAACCAAGUGAUCCAUCCAAUUCCGCAUUUGCAUUGGAUCCUUUGUAUCCCCCUGGACCCCCUGCUUUCCCCAAGGUUGUUGAUUCCACACAUAGCAGCAUCAGCCUUUCCUGGACAAAGCCAGCUUAUGAUGGUGGAUGUGAGAUCUUUGGCUACCAGGUGGAAGUCAAGAGAGCAGACGCUGAGGACUGGAUGAGGUGCAAUGUUCCAAAGGAUCUCCAGGCCACAAAGUUUGUGGUGACAGGUCUCAUGGAUAACACAGAAUACCAGUUCCGUGUUCUUGCAGUGAAUAAGAUUGGAUUUGGCGAUCCCAGCGAAGUUCCUGGAAAUCAUAUGCCCAAAGACAUCUUAAUUGCUCCCGAGGCUGAACUUGAUGCAGAUCUUAGAAAGGCCCUUGUGCUCCGUGCUGGAGUUACAAUGAGAAUCUAUGUGCCACUGAGGGGUCGACCUGCUCCCAAAGUGACUUGGAGCAAAGUUAAUGCCAAUAUCAAAGAGAGGGAUGGACUAAUGAUCAACACAACAGAAUGGGACACAUAUGUGUACUGUGAAAAUAUCAACCGAUAUGAUGCUGGCAAAUAUGUCCUUUCACUUGAAAACAGCAGUGGAUCAAAGUCAUACACCAUUAUUGUCAAGGUCCUAGAUACUCCUGGACCACCCCUUAAUCUAAUUGUGAAGGAGACCUCAAAGACCCAUGCAUCUAUAACUUGGGAGCCUCCACUUAUUGAUGGUGGAAGCCCUGUAAAGAGUUAUGUUGUUGAGAAACGCCUUGCAGAGAGAAAGGCAUGGACCUGUGUUGCCCCUGAAUGCCCUAAAGUGUCAUUUAGAAUUCCAAACUUGGAGGAAGGAAAGGCUUACUGUUUCAGAGUGUCUGCAGAGAAUGUCUAUGGUGUUGGGGAGGGUUGUGAAACUCCUGCACCAGUCAAGGCUUCAGAACAACCUGGACCAGUUAUGGAGUUCAAGCCUGCUGCUAUUACUAAAGAUUCAGUUACACUUGGCUGGAAGAAACCAGUUAGUGAUGGUGGAAGCCACAUUGUUGCCUAUGUUUUGGAAAUCAGUGAGGGGGAGGAAAAAUGGAAAGAAUUAAUGAAAUCUAGGCUCACACAGUUCACUGUUGGUAGCCUUGAAGAAGGAAAGGAGUACACAUUCAGAGUCAAAGCCAUCAAUGAAUCUUUAGAAGGUCCUCCAACUGAACUCACUGUGCUUGCUAAAGAUCAGAUAGUUCUACCGAAUGUUGACCUCAGUGGUGUGCCAGAUGGUUGUUAUGUGGCAAAAGAGGGCAGCACUGUGCGCAUCACCAUUCCUGUCAUUGGCACACCUACUCCCAUUGCUAUCUGGAAGAAGGGUGGUAUUAGUCUGUCAGACAGUGGAAGGAUCUCAAUUGAACCUGCUUCAGGCGGCAGUACUUUGCUUAUCCGUGACAUCCACCGGAGUGAUGCUGACAAGUACACAAUCAUUGUGAGGAACAGUGGUGGCACCAAAGAAGCGGCCAUUGAUGUGAAGGUUGUUGGCAAGCCAGGUCAGCCAACUGGUCCCAUUACUUUUGAUGAAAUCACUGCAGAGGCAAUCACAAUUGAAUGGGGUCCACCAAAGGAUGAUGGUGGCUCAGAAAUCUCCAACUACAUUGUGGAGAAGAGACACACCACAGCCAAUAAGUGGGUUACUGUUGCUUCAGCAAUACAGAAGACUACCAUGCGAGUGAUGAGACUCCAUGAUGGCACUGAGUAUAUCUUCAGAGUAUUCGCAGAAAACAAAUAUGGAGUUGGCGAGUGGCUCAGAUCUGAUCCAGUCAUUGCUAAGCAUCCAUUCGAUGUGCCUGAUGCACCAGCACCACCAGAAAUCAUCAGCAUUCGUCAUGAGUCAGCUAUUCUAACCUGGUCAGAUCCAAAAGAUUCUGGAGGCUCUCCAAUUACAGGAUAUCACGUUGAGUUCAAGGAAAGAAACAGUUUGAUGUGGAAGAGAGCUUGCAAGACCCCCAUUAGAGUGAAGGAGUGCAGAGUGACCGGUUUGAUUGAAGGCCUAGAGUAUGAAUUUAGAGUUAUUGCCAUGAAUAGGGCUGGUCUUGGAAAGCCAAGCAAAACUACAGAGCCUAUUGUUGCACUUGAUCCUAUUGAUCCUCCUGGUAAACCAGAUGUUAUCAAUGUUACAAGAAACUCUGUAACACUGAUCUGGACCGCACCUAAGUAUGAUGGAGGUCACAAACUGACUGGUUACAUUGUUGAGAAAUUAGAACAUCCAGGAAAGGCAUGGAUGAAAGCCAACCAUGUGAAUAUCCAGGAAUGUGCAUACACAGCAACAGAUAUGCAAGAGGGCUGCAAGUGUGAAUUCAGGAUUAGAGCAAAGAAUGCAGCAGGUGCAAUCAGCGUUCCAUCUGAGCAGACUGAUACUCUUGUUCUUAAAGAUGAAUAUGAGCCUCCAACUGUUGAAAUUGAUCCAGAUAUGAAGGAUGGUGUCAGUGUUAGAGCUGGAGACACAAUUAUAAUUACUGCCUCGAGCAUCCUUGGAAAACCACCCCCAACUGCUGCUUGGUCCAAGGGAGGCAGGGAAUUGAAGUCAUCAGAUACCUGCCAAAUUAAGAGCACCCCAACCUCCUCCACAAUUUCCAUCAAAUAUGCUAACAGGAAGAACGCUGGCGAGUAUGUAAUUACUGCAAGCAAUCCAUUUGGCAUCAAAGAAGAACGUGUCAGGGUCAAGGUUCUGGAUAUCCCUGGCCCUCCAGGUCCAAUUGAGAUCAGCAACGUUUCUGCUGAGAAGUGCACACUGACUUGGCUACCUCCUGAGGAGGAAGGUGGCGUUGUCAUCAAAUCUUACACUAUUGAGAAGAGGGAAACUAGCCGCCUUCUCUGGACAAAGCUUGCAGAGAAUGUCAUGGACUGCCGAUUUGUUGCCAGCAAACUCAUUAAAGGAAAUGAGUACAUCUUCCGUGUCUCAGCAGUGAAUCAGUAUGGUACUGGUGAUUCAACAUUGUCUGGUUCGGUCAAGAUGAUUGACAGCUACAGACCACCUGGGCCACCAUCAAGGCCAGAAAUUGAUAAUGUGAGCAGAACAGCUGUCACAAUCUCUUGGAGGAGACCUGCUAUUGAUGGAGGAAGUGACAUUAGAGGAUAUAGUGUGGAGAGGAAAGAGAGGAGAGGAAUGAGAUGGGUGAGAGCUUGCAAGAGAACAGUGCCUGACCUUCGUUACAAAGUGCAGGGCCUGACAGAGGGAGUAGAGUAUGAAUUCCGUGUCACUGCUGAGAACAAGGCUGGCUUUGGCGAGCCAAGUGAGGCCUCACCAUCUGUGGUGACCAAGGAUAUUGUUUAUCCCCCUGGACCUCCAUCCAAUCCAAGAAUUACUGACACAACAAAAACAACAGCAACUUUCCACUGGGGCAGACCUUUCUAUGAUGGUGGGCUUGAUGUAGAAGGAUACAUUGUUGAACACAAACGUGAAGGAGAUGAGGACUGGAUUGAGGAUGCGUCAGGCUUGAAAAUAAAUGAAUUUGUUGUUUCCAACCUUCAGUCUGGUGGGAAAUACCUCUUCAGGGUGAAAGCUACAAACUCAGAGGGAACUGGGGAAGCUGGAGAAGUUGAAGAAGUGAUUGAACUUGCAGACCGUGAAUCUGUCCCAGACUUUGAGCUUGAUGCAGAGCUCAGGAAAACGCUUGUUGUUAGGUCAAGAGCCUCAAUCCGCAUAUUUGUACCAAUUAAGGGGCGUCCUACCCCUGAGGUGAUCUGGUCCAAGGACAAUAAACCCCUGAAAGGAAGAGCACACAUUGAUACCACUGAAUCAUACACUCUUGUUGUGGUCCCUGACUGCACGAGAUAUGACGCAGGAAAGUACUUCUUGAGUUUGGAAAAUGUUGCUGGUAAGAAGACUGGAUUUGUUAAUGUCAGAGUCAUUGAUACUCCUGGACCUCCAGUAAAUCUUCAACCUAGAGAAAUCACUAUAAACAGCAUCACCCUUCAGUGGGAGAUUCCAAUAAUUGAUGGUGGCUCCAAAAUUACUAAUUACAUAAUUGAGAAACGUGACGCUACAAAGAAGGCCUAUACACUGAUCACUUCUGAAUGGCAAAAGUGUUCCUACAAGUUUGCUAAUCUUGAAGAAGGAAAUGAAUACUACUUCAGAAUAACUGCUGAAAAUGAAUAUGGUGUUGGCGAGCCAGCAGAAACACCUGAAACUAUCAGAGCCUCUCAGGCACCAACUGCUCCAGAAAACCUUUAUGUGACUGAUGUGUCAAGUGAGACGGCAACUCUUACGUGGACAAAGCCAAAACACGAUGGUGGUAACAUAAUAACUGGAUAUGUUAUUGAGGCUCAGAGAGCUGAUCAGAAGGAAACAGAUCAGUGGACUCAUGUGACAACAAUUAAAGCUCUUGACUAUGUUGCAACAGAUCUGCAAGAAAAUACAGAGUAUAUAUUCAGAAUCAUGGCUGUAAACAAGUCUGGCAGAAGCAACCCACGUGAAAGUCGGCCAGUCAUAAUUAGGGAACAAACUGCCGCACCUCAGUUUGACCUUAGAUCAGUCUACCAGAAGACAGUGGUCAUCAGGGCAGGAGAUAACUUGAAGGUUGAAAUUCCUGUGCUGGGCCGUCCAAAACCCUCAGUUGUGUGGAAAACAGAGGGCAAAGAAAUUAAACAGACACAGAGAAUGAACAUUGACAACACAGCAACCUCAACUAUCUUGAACAUUAGAGAGAUCAAGAGGAAAGAUGGCGGAGAGUACACUAUGAUUGGAAAGAACAUCAUUGGAACAGUCACUGAAAUUAUCACAGUUGUAAUACAUGACAUCCCUGGAGCCCCAACAGGACCAAUUAAGGUGGAUGAAGUUUCUUGUGAUUAUGUUCUAUUUUCCUGGGAGGCCCCAGAAAUUGAUGGUGGAGUUCCAAUCAACAAUUACAUCGUUGAGAUGAGAGAGACCACAGGAACAUCAUGGAUGGAGCUGGCAGCAACAGUUAUUCGUACAACAUUUAAGGCUGCUCGUCUGAAAACAGGAAUUCAAUAUCAAUUCCGUGUUAAAGCCCAGAACCGGUAUGGUUUUGGCCCCUACAUAACAUCAGAGCCUGUUGUUGCAGCUUAUCCAUUUGAUGUCCCAGGGCAGCCGGGAAUACCCCAAGUAAUUACCUUUACUAAAGAUGCAAUGACCAUAAGUUGGAACGAGCCUUCAUCUAAUGGUGGAAGCCCAAUUUUAGGUUAUCACAUUGAGAGAAAAGAGAAAAACAGCAUCCUUUGGCAGAGGACCAGCAAGGCCCUUGUGGUUGGAAACCUCUACAAAUCAUCAGGUCUCGUGGAUGGAAUUCCAUAUGAGUUCCGUGUCAUAGCUGAGAACAUGGCUGGUUUGAGUAAGCCAAGCAAGCCAUCAGAGAUGACAUUUGCCCUGGACCCUGUAGAUCCUCCAAGUCAACCAUUGGCUAUUAAUAUUACCAGACAUGAAGUGACUCUUCGCUGGGAAAGACCUGAAGGCGAUGGUGGUUUUUCAAUCACUGGAUAUACAGUAGAAAAGAAGCAGAUACCAGAUGGUCGCUGGCUUAAAGCAAACUUUAGUAAUAUCUUGGAAACAACAUUCACUGUCAGUGGACUCAUAGAGGAUGCAUCCUAUGAAUUCCGUGUUAUGGCAAGAAAUUCUGCUGGUGCUGUUAGCAAGCCAUCUCCAACAUCUGAGGUGGUCACCUGCAGAGAUGACAUUGAAGAGCCUAAAAUUGAAGUUGAAGCCAUUUAUAAUAAUAUGCUUGUGGUGAGAGCAGGAGAUGUCUUCACUCUGGAUGCCACUGUCACAGGGCGACCCAUACCAUCCUUACUCUGGACCAAAGAUGGAAAAGAGUUGGAUGAUGCAGCAAAAAUAGAAAUCAAAAGCACAGACUUUGCCACAACACUGAUCAACAGAGAUUCUCUGAGAAGAGAUGGUGGUACAUUCGUUCUGACAGCCAGUAACCCUGGUGGUUUUGCCAAGCAAGUGUUCAAUGUUAAAGUUCUUGAUAGGCCAGGACCUCCUGAUGGGCUCAGAGUUACUGAUGUGAAUGUAGAGAAAUGUGUAUUAAACUGGUUGCCACCCUCACAUGAUGGUGGUGCAAAGAUAGAGCACUACAUAAUUGAGAAGCGUGAAACAAGCAGAAUUGCAUGGACAAAUGUGGCAUCAGAUCUGAAGGUGAACCGUUACAAAGUAACUAAACUGCUAAAAGGCAAUGAGUACAUUUUCAGAGUAAUGGCUGUGAACAAAUAUGGAGUUGGAGAACCCAUUGAAUCAGUGCCAACACUUGCAACCAAUCCAUAUGUACCAACAGAUCCUCCACAACAACCCGAGGUGACUACCAUUACUAAAGAUUCAAUGGUUGUCUGCUGGGGACACCCAGAGAAUAAUGGCGGAAGCAGUAUCAAUACUUACGUUAUUGAAAGAAGAGAUAAGACUGGUCUUCGCUGGGUCAAAUGUAACAAGAGGACUGUGAGUGAUCUACGAUUCAAGGUCUCCGGACUUACUCCAGGGCAUGAAUAUGAGUUCAGGGUUCUGGCAGAAAAUGCUGCAGGCUUGAGUUUGCCAAGUCCAGAGAGUCCAUUCUAUAAAGCAUGCGACACAGUGUUCCAACCUGGACCAGUAGGCAAUCCAAGAAUUCUGGAUACGUCAAAGUCCUCCAUUACACUUGCUUGGAACAAACCUGUCUAUGAUGGUGGAUCUGACAUUACAGGAUAUAUGGUGGAAACCUGCUUACCUGAGGAAGAUGAAUGGACAAUUGUCUCUCCAAAGACAGGCUUAAAAGCAACAUCAUUUACAAUUACUGGUCUUAAGGAAAAUCAGGAAUACAAAAUCAACAUUGCAGCACUCAACUGUGAAGGAGUGGGUGAGCCUACAUCUGUGCCAGGAACACCAAUAGCAGAGGACAGACUGAUUCCUCCAGAAAUUGAGCUUGGUGCAGAGCUCAGAAAGAUUGUUUGCCUCCGUGCUUGCAGCACACUUAGACUGUUUGUUCCCAUUAGAGGAAGACCCGCCCCUGAGAUCAGAUGGUCCAGAGAGAAUGGUGAGCCACUGGAGAGAGCCAAUAUUGAAAACACAUCAUCAUUUACAUCAGUCAUGGUUGAAAAUGUUGACCGUUUUGAUAGUGGAAAAUAUAUGUUGACAGUGGAAAACAGCACUGGAGUAAAAACAGCAUAUGUAAAUGUCAGAGUUCUUGACACUCCUGGUGCCCCCCAGAAUCUUAGUAUUAAGGAGAUUACAAGGGAUUCUGUUUCUCUUAUGUGGGACCCACCCAUUAUUGAUGGCGGUUCCAGGACAAGACACUACAUUGUGGAAAAACGUGAAUCUACAAGGAAAGCAUACUCUACUGUAAAUGCUGGCUGCCCUAAGACAAGUUGGAGAAUCGGAGAUCUGAAGGAGGGUCACAUCUACUUUUUCAGAGUGUUGGCAGAGAAUGAAUUCGGUAUUGGUCUUCCAGUGGAAACAGAUUCUAUUAAGGUCUCUGAAAAACCUCUUCCACCAGGCAAAAUUACUCUUAAAGAGGUCACAGGAACCAGUGUUACCUUAUCUUGGGAGAAGCCUGAUCAUGAUGGAGGCAGUCGUAUCACAGGAUACAUUGUUGAGAUGCAAGGAAAAGGCAGUGAAAAAUGGACGCAGUGCGCAGUUGUAAAAGCUACAGCAGCUGUAGUAGCUGGACUGACACAAGGGGAAGAGUACUCUUUCCGCAUUUCAGCAACCAAUGAGAAAGGAAUGAGUGAUCCUCGCCUAUUAGGUGUGCCUGUAGUGGCUAAAGAUACUGUCAUCACACCAACCUUCAAGGUUUUGUUCAGCACAUUUAGUGUUUUGGCUGGUGAUGACCUUAAAAUUGAUGUGCCAUAUGCAGCUCAACCGAAGGCAUCUGUCAUAUGGCUCAAAGAUGGCGUUGCUCUGAAAGAAACCACAAGGGUCAAUUCAGAUGUCACUGACAACAACCUACGUCUUGUAGUCAAGGAGGCAACUAGAGAUGAUGUUGGCAAGUACACCAUUAAACUUACAAACACAGCAGGUGAGGCCACUACAGACAUUUCUGUUGUUGUUCUGGACAAGCCUGGUCCACCAACUGGUCCCAUCCAGAUUGAUGAAGUGACAGCUGAUAGCAUGACCCUGACAUGGCAACCUCCUGAAUAUGAUGGUGGCUGCGCUAUCAAUAACUACAUUGUGGAAAAGAGAGACACCUCAACAACAAACUGGCAGAUUGUGUCUGCAACUGUAGCAAGAACAACUAUUAAAGCAGCUAGGCUUAAGACUGGCUGUGAGUAUCAGUUCAGAAUUGCAGCAGAAAACCGGUAUGGAAAGAGUUCUGUACUCGUCUCUGAAGCAAUGGUUGCUCAGUAUCCAUUUGAUGUCCCUAGUACUCCAGGUACUCCUUCGGUACAGGCUGCAACAAAGGAGACCAUGCUUGUUGUGUGGGACAAACCAGGUAGCGAUGGUGGAAGCAAGAUUCUUGGUUAUCACUUGGAAAGUAAGGAAAGAAACAGCAUUCUUUGGAUGAAACAGAACAAGCAAAUCAUUCCUGAAACAAAAUUCAAAGUUGUUGGCCUGGAAGAAGGCAUUGAAUAUGAAUUCAGAGUGUAUGCAGAAAAUAUUGUUGGUCUGAGCAAAUCAAGCAAAUUGUCAGAAAUACAAGUUGCCAGAGAUCCUUGUGAACCUCCAGGCAAGCCUGAAGCAGUGAUUGUAACUAGAAGUGCAGUUACCCUCAGAUGGACCAAGCCAGAAUUUGAUGGUGGUAUCAAAAUCACUGGCUACUUAGUUGAGAAAAAGGAAUGUCCUGGUGGUCGCUGGAUGAAAGCUAGCUUCGCUAACAUCAUUGAAACAGAAUUUGUGGUCACUGGCCUUGUUGAGGAUCAGAUAUAUGAAUUCCGUGUUAUUUCAAGAAACGCUGCUGGAGUGGCAAGUGUGCCAUCUCCGAGCACUGGAGAAAUCACAGCUAAAGAUGAAGUUGAUCCACCUCAGAUAGACAUUGACUCUAAAUACGCUUCAGUCCUUGUGGUAAAUGCUGGAGAGUCAUUCAGAAUUGAUGCUGGUAUUCAAGGAAAACCUGUGCCUACAGCUCACUGGCUAAAGGGUGGCGAAGAGCUUACAAAUACAGCACGUCUUGAGAUUAAGAACACAGACUUUAUAGCUUCUCUAAGCGUAAAGGAAGCCAUUCGUGUUGAUGGAGGUCAAUACACUCUUCUUUUGAAGAAUGUUGGUGGAGAGAAGUCUGUGAAUAUCAACGUUAAAGUUUUAGACAGACCUGGUCCACCUGAAGCACCAAUUCAAAUCUAUGGAGUGACAAAUGAAAAAUGCAGCAUUUCUUGGAAACCUCCACAACAAGAUGGAGGAGCUGAUGUAUCUCAUUAUAUUGUUGAGAGGAGAGAGACCAGCAGAUUAGUUUGGACUAGAGUGGAAUCUAAAGUUCAGACUCAGAAUCUCAAGAUCACAAAACUUCUCCCUGGUAAUGAGUACAUUUUCAGAGUGAUUCCUGUGAACAAGUAUGGAGUUGGUGAACCUUUGGAAUCAGAUCCAGUCAUUGCUACUAAUCCAUUUGUUGCACCAAGUGCACCAACUGGUGUUGAAGUGUCCACUGUGACAAAAGAUUCUAUGGUUAUUACCUGGGAAAGACCAACAAAUGAUGGAGGCAACCCAAUUUCAGGAUUUGUUAUUGAAAAACGUGACAAAGAAGGGGUGCGCUGGACAAGAUGCAACAAGCGUGUUAUUAGUGAACUUCGCUUCAGGGUUUCAGGGCUGACUGAGAGCCGUAGCUAUGAAUUCAGAGUGUCUGCUGAAAAUGCAGCUGGAAUUGGAGCACCUAGUGCCGCGACUCCUUAUGAAAAGGCACUGGAUCCCAUUUUCAAACCAGGCCCACCAAAUAAUCCUAAAGUAAUCGACACUUCACGAACAUCUGUAGUCCUUUCAUGGGGCAAACCUAUCUAUGAUGGUGGUUGUGAUGUUCAAGCAUACAUUGUAGAAGCCUGUGAUGUUACAGCUGAUGAAUGGACAAUGUGCACUCCACCUACUGGAAUCACACAGACAAGAUUUGAAGUGAAGAAACUCCUUGAAAAGCAUGAAUACAGAUUCAGAAUCUGUGCCAUAAAUAAGAUGGGAGUUGGUGAGAGUGCUGAUCUGCCUGCACCAGUCCUCCUUGAGGAAAAACUGGAGGCACCAGACCUUGACCUUGAUGCUGACCUCAGAAAGAUGAUUAAUGUCAGAGCUGGAAGCACCCUGCGAGUAUUCCUUCCAAUAAGAGGACGCCCUGCACCUGAAGUCAAAUGGGGUAAAGCUGAGGGUGAAAUGAAAGAAACAGCUCAAAUUGAUACGACAAGCAGUUAUACUUCCCUUGUUAUUGAAAGCGUUGACAGAUUUGACAGUGGAAAAUACAUAGUGACUGCUGAGAAUGCAAGUGGAGUAAAAUCUGUUUUCAUUAGUGUACGAGUGCUGGAUACACCUAGUCCUCCUCAGAACUUCACUAUCAAGGAGAUCACCAAGAAUUCCAUCACUCUUACUUGGGAGCCACCGGCUUUAGAUGGUGGUUCUAAGAUAAAGCAUUACAUUGUAGAGAAGAGAGAGACCACAAGGAAGGUGUACUCUCCUGUUGUAACUUGCAACAGGAUGUCAUGGAGGAUAGAUCAACUCCAAGAGGGUCAAAACUUUUUCUUCAGAGUUCUUGCUGAAACUGAACUUGGCAUUGGCUUACCAGCAGAAACUCUUGAGCCUAUCAAGAUCUCAGAAGUCCCACAACCACCUGGACGAAUGUCAGUUGUGGAUGUUACAAGAAAGACUAUUUCUCUUGCUUGGGAGAAACCUGAUCAUGAUGGAGGCAGCAAGAUAAGCCACUAUGAAGUUGAGAUGCAAGUAAAGGACUCUGACAAAUGGUCUUUGUGUGCUCAAAUAAAGGCACUUGAAACUGUAGUUACUAAUUUAGCCAAGGGCCAGGUAUACACAUUUAGGGUAAUUGCUGUUAACGACAAAGGAAAGAGUGAUCCCAGAAUCCUUGGCAGUUUUGUUGAAGCAAAGGACCUGGUCAUCCUACCUGCUGUCCGCCCAAGAUUCAGCACUUACAGUGUACAAGUUGGCUAUGAUCUCAAAAUCGAAGUUCCAAUUGCUGGACAUCCCAGGCCAACCAUCACCUGGACUAAAGAUGGUGCAGCUCUGAAACAGACCACAAGAGUGAAUGUUGCAGACAGUGCACACCACACAAUGUUCACCCUUAAGGAAGCGACAAAAGAUGAUGGUGGCAUGUACAACAUUUCUGUAGCCAAUACUCUUGGACAGGCUGAAGCUAGCAUUGAAAUCAUAACACUUGACAAACCUGGUCCUCCAACAGGCCCAGUGAGACUUGAGGAUAUUAGUGCUGAAAGUAUUACCCUGUCUUGGGACCCACCUGCGUACACUGGAGGUUGCCCAAUUUCAAAUUAUGUUGUUGAGAAGAGAGACACAACCACCACCAACUGGGUUACAGUGUCUGCCACAGUUGCAAGAACAACACUAAAAGUAGCAAAUCUGAAAACUGGCGCUGAAUAUCAAUUCAGAAUCUAUUCUGAAAACAGAUAUGGAAAAAGCCAUGCUAUUGAUUCUGAACCUGUUCUUGCCCAGUAUCCAUUCAAAGAGCCUGGACCUCCGGGCACUCCAUAUGUGUCUGCAUUCACAAAGGAGUCCAUGACUGUGGAAUGGCACAAACCCAUCUCAGAUGGAGGCAGUGUUAUUCUCGGCUAUCAUCUUGAAAGAAAGGAGAAGAAUAGCAUUCUGUGGACAAAGAUAAAUAAGUCCCUCAUUCAAGACACUAGAUUCAAAACAUCCCCAUUGGAAGAGGGAAUCGAGUAUGAGUUUAGAGUUUAUGCUGAGAACAUUGUUGGUAUUGGUCAGUGCAGCAAACUUUCAGAGGGAUGUGUAGCACGUGACCCUUGUGAUCCACCUGGUACACCUGUGGCCAUCAUUGUGAGCAGACACUCAGUGAGAUUGCGCUGGACUCCUCCAGAGUAUGAUGGUGGCAGCAUGGUCACUGGAUAUGUUGUGGAGAAACGAGAUCUUCCAGAUGGUCGUUGGAUGAAGGCAAGUUUCGCAAAUGUCAAAGAAACAGAAUUUUCUGUUGAAGGACUAACAGAAGACUCUAAAUAUGACUUCAGAGUAAUUGCCAGAAAUGCAGCUGGUGCUAUCAGCAAACCGUCUGAGAGCACUGGGUCAAUCACAGCAAAGGAUGAGGUGGAAUUGCCAACAUGUGAAAUUGAUUCCAAGUUCUCCCAGAUCAUAGUUGUAAAUGCAGGUGACACAUUCACGCUUGAAGCUGAUGUUCAAGGAAAACCACUGCCCACAAUUCAGUGGUUCAAGGGUGAUGUGGAAGUUGAAAUGUCUGCCAGAUGUGAAACCAAAAAUUCAGACUUUAAAGCAGUACUUGUGGUUAAAGAUGCCAUUAGAAUUGAUGGAGGACAAUACACUGCCCAUCUUUCCAAUGUAGCAGGAACUAAAACUGCAUCAUACAAUGUGAAAGUUCUUGACAGACCAGGGCCUCCAAAAGGACCUCUAACUGUAUCUGGUGUGACAUGUGAAAAAUGUUCACUGUCUUGGCUUCCUCCAGAACAUGAUGGUGGCAGUAGUAUUUCUUACUAUGUCAUCCAAAAGAGAGAAACAAGCCGUCUUGCAUGGACUGUAGUUAAUAGUGAAUGUGGAGCAACUAUGUUUAAAGUCACCAAGCUCCUCCAAGGAAAUGAAUACAUUUUCCGUGUCAUGGCUGUUAACAAGUAUGGUGUCGGUGAACCCCUAGAAUCUGCACCAGUGAUUAUGAGAAAUCCAUUUGUUGCUCCUGAUCCACCUAAAGACAUCGAAAUCGCUAACAUUUCAAGAGAUUCCAUGACAGUGUGCUGGAGCCGAUCAGAGAAUAAUGGUGGCAGUGAAAUUAGUGGGUAUAUUGUGGAGAAGAGAGACAGAGCUGGAGUUAGAUGGACAAAGUGCAACAAACGCAGAGUAACAGAUCUUCGUUUCAGAGUGACAGGACUCACAGAAGAUCAUGAGUAUGAGUUCAGGGUCUCAUCGGAAAAUGCAGCUGGACCUGGACAACCAAGCAAAGAAACUAUUUACUUCAAGGCAUCUGACCCCACAUUUAAUUCUGGCCCACCCACAAAUGUUCAUGUUCUUGACACCACCAAAAAUUCCGUCUCUCUGGCAUGGGGCAGACCCAUCUAUGAUGGUGGCUGUGACAUUCAGGGAUAUGCUGUGGAGAUUUGCAAAGCAGAUGAACAGGAUUGGACCAUCUGCACACCAUCAACUGGAAUAAAUGCCACUAAAUUUACUAUCACUAAGCUCAUAGAGCACCAGGAGUAUAAGGUUCAGGUAUGUGCUAUUAACAAAGAAGGAGUUGGUGAACCAGCUGCCCUACCUGGAACCGUCAAACCUGUAGACAACAUGUUUGCCCCAGAGAUUGAGCUUGAUGGAGAUCUGAGAAAAGGUAUAGUCGUCCGCGCUGGUGGAUCUAUGAAAAUCAGGAUACCCUUCAAAGGACGUCCUGCUCCAGAAAUUAACUGGACCAAAGAUGAUGGGGAUCUUUCUGAAAGGGCUCAAAUUGAAAAAGCCCUUGAUUACACCGUGGUAUCAAUUGACAUCUGUGACAGAAAUGAUGCUGGAAAAUAUACCCUGAAUUUGGAAAACAACUGUGGAUCAAAGUCAGCAUUUGUCAAUGUUAAAGUUCUGGACACUCCAGGACCCCCAUUAAAUCUCAGUGUGAAAGAUAUAACAAGAAAUUAUGUCACUCUGACUUGGGAGCCUCCAGCUAUUGAUGGUGGUGCCAAAAUCAAGAACUAUGUUGUGGACAAGCGUGAUUCAACCAGAGUGGGCUAUGCCAAUAUCACCACCAAAUGCACUAAGACAACUAUCCGUAUUGGAGAUCUUAUUGAGGGUGGCAUUAGUUACUUCAGAGUCAUGGCUGAGAAUGAAUUUGGAGUUGGCUUACCUGCUGAAACAGAGGAUGGAGUCAAAACAUCAGAGAUUCCUCUGUCUGUUGGUAAGGUCACCCUAACUGAUGUCACAAAAACUACAGCCUCGUUGUCAUGGGAGAAACCAGACUUUGAUGGUGGUAGUAGGAUUCUAGGAUACUAUAUUGAAAUGCUGCUUUCAGGAUCAGAGGAAUGGGUUGUAGCAACAACAACUAAGUCUUGUGAGGGAACAAUCACUGGGCUUAGAACAGGUCAGGAAUAUCUCUUCAGAGUUUCAGCAUUCAAUGACAAAGGAAGAAGUGAUCCAAGAUCAUUACUUGCUCCUGUAGUCAUUCAAGAUAUCACUUUGGCACCCCAUCUCAAGAUGACUGUGAACACAUUCAGUGUUCAGGCUGGUUAUGAUUUGAAAGUAGAGAUACCUGUAUCUGGUCGUCCAGCACCAACUAUUACAUGGGCUAAAGACGGGCAUACUCUCAAAGAAACCACCAGAUUGAAUGUGUCUACCACAGCAACAUCAACUCUUCUUCGUCUCAAAGAUGCUACCAGAGAUGACUCUGGUAAAUACACCAUCACAGCUGUUAAUACUGCAGGAACAGUAACGGAGGAAAUUGGAAUAAUAACUCUUGACAAGCCUGGUCCCCCAGUUGGACCAAUCAAAAUUGAAGAAGUCAGUGCAAACUUUGUCACCCUCUCUUGGGAGCCACCUGUGUAUACUGGCGGUUGUCAAAUCAACAAUUACAUUGUGGAAAAACGUGACACAACAACCACCAACUGGCAGAUUGUGUCUGCAACUAUUGCACGUACUACAAUCAAAGUAACUAAGCUAAGGACUGGAACAGAAUAUCAGUUUAGGAUUUCAUCUGAAAACAGAUAUGGAAAGAGUCCAGCAAUUGAUUCAACCCCUGUUGUUGUACAAUAUCCUUUCACUGAGCCACUAGCCCCAGGCACUCCAGAAAUAACAUCAGUGUCUAAAGAUAAUAUGGUUGUUGAAUGGAAGGCCCCUGCUAACAAUGGAGGCAGCCCAGUCCUUGGCUAUCAUGUGGAACGUAAAGAGAGAAACAGUAUACUGUGGACUAAGCUGAACAAACUUUUGAUCCCUGACACUAGACUGAGAACUAAUGGUCUUGAAGAGGGUAUUGAGUAUGAAUACAGAGUCUAUGCUGAAAACAUUGCUGGAAUUAGUCCAGCAAGCAAAAUAUCUGAGAUCACAGUUGCACGUGACCCAUGUGAUUCACCUGGUACCCCUGAAGCUAUCGAGAUUACAAGAAACCAUGUAACACUUCAGUGGACAAAGCCACAGUAUGAUGGUGGUAGCAUAAUUACAGGAUAUGUUGUGGAGAAAAUGAAGCAGCCUGACAAUCGCUGGAUGAAAGCAAGUUUCACUAAUAUCAUUGACACUCAGUUUACAUACACAGGUCUUACAGAAAAUGCAGUGUAUGAAUUUAGAGUCAUUGCAAGAAAUGCAGCUGGUACUUUCAGUAAACCCUCUGAAAGCACUGGAGCGAUCACAGCUAGGGAUGAAAUUGAAGCACCUACCAUUUCCACUGAUACAACUGCCAUUACUGUCUAUGCUGGUGAAUCUUUUACUAUUGAUGCUGAAAUUGCUGGAAAACCAGUUCCUGAAGUUAUGUGGACACGAGAUGGCAAAGAAGUUGAUAAUGCCACACCAAGAGUGGAAAUACAUACUACUCUGCAACGCAGUGUUCUCACAGUGAAGGACUGCAUUAGGGUAGAUGGUGGCCGUUUUGUGCUGAAUCUGACAAACGUUGGAGGCACAAAAGCUGUUCCAGUUAAUGUUAAAGUCCUUGAUAGACCUGGGCCACCUGAAGGUCCAUUGAGAGUAACAGGUGUAACAUCAGAGAAAUGCUAUCUCCACUGGGACCAUCCACCACAUGAUGGUGGUGCAAGCAUUUCCCAUUAUGUUAUUGAGAAGAGGGAGACGAGUCGCCUGUCUUGGACUGUUGUGGAACCCAAAAUCCAAGCAAUUAGUUACAAAGUGACCAAACUCCUGCCAGGAAAUGAGUACAUCUUUAGAGUUAUGGGAGUGAAUAAAUAUGGAGUUGGUGAGCCUCUGGAGUCUGAGCCUGUCAUUGCACGCAAUCCAUUCAAGCCACCUGGUCCACCUUCAACACCUGAGGCAGGUGCCAUAACAAGGGAUUCAAUUGUUUUGACAUGGGAACGGCCCGAAGAUGAUGGAGGUUCAAUGAUCGACGGUUACGUCCUGGAAAAACGUGACAAGGAAGGGGUCCGCUGGACAAAGUGCAACCGCAAACGACUCACAGAUUGUCGUUUCAGGGCCUCCGGAUUACAUGAGGGACAUUCUUAUGAGUUCAGAGUAUCUGCUGAGAAUGCAGGCGGAGUUGGAACACCAAGUAAGCCAUCAGAAUAUUACAGAGCCUGUGAUGCCACAUACCCCCCUGGUCCUCCAAAUAACCCCAAAGUAACUGACCACUCUAGCACCACUGUGUCCCUUGCAUGGAGUAGACCUAUUUAUGAUGGUGGUGCAUUAGUCUCUGGAUACAUGGUUGAAGUGAAAGAAGUCUCAGAGGAUGAAUGGAUUAUUGCCACCCCACCUUACGGUGUGCAAGCAACCCAUUAUACUGUGAAGAAAUUGAGGGAAAAUGCAGAGUACAACUUCCGCAUCUCUGCUAUGAAUAUUGAAGGAGUUGGAGAGGCUAUUGAUCUUCCAGAUGCUGUGACUGCUGCAGAAAAACUUGAGAUUCCUGAGAUUGAACUGGAUGCAGACCUUAGAAAGAUGGUCAAUGUCCGUGCAAGUGCAUCACUGAGGCUCUUUGUUACCAUCAGAGGAAAACCUGAACCUGAGGUCAAGUGGAGCAAGGCUGAUGGUACUUUGACAGAGCGUGCACAAAUUGAAGUUACCAGCUCCUACACCACGCUUGUCAUUGAAAAUGUUGACAGAUUUGAUACUGGUAAAUAUGUUUUGACUCUUGAAAACAACAGUGGCACUAAAUCAGCCUUUAUCAAUGUGAGAGUACUGGAUUCACCAAGUGCACCUGAAAACUUUGAAGUCAAGGAUAUCAAGAGAGAUUCUGUGCAACUCUCCUGGGAACCCCCCCUUAUUGAUGGUGGAGCAAAAAUAACCCAUUACAUUGUGGAGAAGAGAGAGGCUAAGAGAAUGACAUUUACAAGUGUAACAAAUAAUUGUGUCAGGAAUUCUGUAAUCGUUUCUGAUCUCCAAGAGGGAGGUGUUUAUAACUUCCGCGUGUUGGCUGUUAAUGAGCUUGGUGUUGGUUUGCCAGCAGUAACUGAGCCAAUAAAAGUCUCCCAAGCACCUUUACCUCCAGGGAAGGUUACACUUGUUGAUGUAACUCGCCAUACUGUAAGUCUUGCAUGGGAAAAACCAGACCAUGAUGGAGGUAGUAAAAUUACAGGCUACAUUGUGGAAAUGCUUCCCAAAGGAGCUGAUAAAUGGACUGUCUGUGCCACAGUGAAAGCACUGGAAGUACUCGUUGAAGGACUCACUGCUGGAGAAGAGUAUUCAUUUAGAAUCACAUCUUUGAAUGACAAAGGCAAGAGUGAUCCUAAACCACUUGGUGCACCUGUGAUUGCACAAGACAUCACAGCUGAACCUACCAUAAAGCUACUUUUCAACACUUACAGUGUAAAGGCUGGUGAUGACCUCAAAAUUGAUAUUCCAUUCAGAGGCAGACCUCAACCAGAAGUCUCAUGGAAAAAAGAUGGCCAUGUACUCAAGCAGACAACUAGAGUAAAUGUUGUAUCAUCUGCUACAUCAUCAAAAAUAACGAUCAAAGACGCCACAAGGGAGGACAAGGGCAAAUAUGAAAUCACAUUAACAAACUCAAUUGGUACUAAUUCAGCUGAAAUUACAGUAGUUAUUCUGGAUAAACCUGGCCCACCUGGACCGAUUAAAGUUGAUGAAAUCAGUGCUGACAGUGUCUUAUUGUCAUGGGACCCACCAGUGUAUGAUGGAGGCUGCCAGAUCAACAAUUAUGUUGUCGAGAAGAGAGAUACCACCACUACAAACUGGCAAAUAGUGUCAGCCACUGUUGCCAGAACAUCAAUUAAGGUUUCCCGUUUGACACAAGGGAAUGAAUAUCAGUUCCGUGUUGCAGCAGAAAACCGUUAUGGCAAGAGUCAUGUUGUGGAUUCUGCUCUUAUUGUUGCACAAUACUCAUUUGAACCUCCUAGUCCUCCAACCAGUCUCCAAGUUGCACAUGCAACCAAGUCAGGUAUGCUGGUCACAUGGGGUACACCUGCAAAUGAUGGUGGUAGUGCAAUAAUUGGAUAUCACCUGGAAGGAAAAGAACACAGCAGUAUUUUGUGGACAAAACUGAACAGAGGUCUUAUCACUGAAACUCAGUUCAAGGUAACGGGCAUUGAGGAGGGCUUGACAUACCAGUAUCGUGUCUAUGCUGAGAAUAUGGCUGGCAUUGGACCUUGCACAAAGGCCUGUGAGCCUGUUGCUGCUAGAGACCCAUGUGAUCCACCCAGUCAGCCUGAGGUCAUCAACAUUACACGAACAUCUGUUUCUCUGACAUGGACCCCACCAGAGUACAAUGGUGGAGCUAUGGUGACUGGUUACAUUGUUGAGCGCAGAGAACUACCUGAUGGUCGCUGGCUCAAGUGCAAUUUCGCAAAUCUCCAGGAAACUUCCUUUGAUGUAACAGGCCUCACAGAGGAUGUAAGCUAUGACUUCCAUGUUAUUGCCAAGAAUGCUGCUGGACUGCUCAGUGAGCCAUCAAAGGGCACAGGAUCUAUCACUGUCAAAGAUGAUGUUGAUGCACCAUGCAUCACACUGGAGGACAAAUACAGACAGCUGGUGGUUGUUAAAGCUGGAGAUAUUCUAAGCAUUGAUGCCAGUUUCACAGGACGUCCCAUUCCAGUAAUAUCUUGGGCAAAGGAUGGAAAGGAAAUCGAAGCGAAGGCUAGAUUUGAGAUUUCAUCAACACAUGCUGUAACAACUUUAGUUGUGAGAGACAGCAUCAGAAGGGACUCUGGCCAAUAUGUCCUAACUCUACAAAAUGUUGCUGGCACAAGAUCAGUAGCAGUAAACUGUAAAGUACUUGAUCGUCCAGGGCCAUCUCAAGGACCACUGACAGUCUCUAACAUGACAGCAGAAAAAUGCACAUUGUCAUGGGGACUUCCUCAAGAAAAUGGUGGUGCAGAAAUCCAGCAUUUCAUUGUGGAGAAACGUGAAACAAGUCGCCUGGCCUGGACAUUGGUUUAUGGGGACAUGAAGGCUACAACAUGCAAAGUAACUAAACUGCUUAAGGGAAAUGAGUAUAUCUUCAGAGUGAGAGGAGUAAAUAAAUAUGGAACUGGUGAGUCAUUGGAAAGUGAUCCUGCCAAGGCAAUGGAUCCAUUUACAGUGGCCGAAGCACCAACAAAUGUGGAAGUAACUAGUGUCACAAGUGAAGCAAUGACUAUUUGCUGGGAGAGGCCAGAGUCUGAUGGAGGAAGCACUAUUUCUGGCUAUGUGAUUGAGAAACGUGAGAAGACUGGUCUACGCUGGUGUCGUGUGAACAAAAAACCAGUGUAUGACUUGAGAGUCAAAGCAUCCAAUCUCCGUGAAGGAUGUGAAUAUGAAUACCGUGUCUAUGCGGAGAAUGCUGCAGGCUUGAGUCUCCCAAGCACACCUAGCCCCUUGACAAAGGCAGCAGAUCCGUUAUUCCUGCCAUCUCCACCAGCUAAACCCAAAAUUAUUGACUCAUCCAAAACUUCCAUGACUCUUGCCUGGAAUAAGCCAUUGUUUGAUGGUGGAUCUCCAAUCACGGGCUAUCGUGUAGAAUACCAGAAAACAGAUGAUUAUGAUGAUGAAUGGAUGGUUGGGGUGUCAAACACAAAGAACACUGAGUUCACUGUAGUGGGACUUACUUUUGGAGUAGAAUAUAUCUUUGUAGUCAGAUCCAUUAACAAAAUUGGCCUGAGUGAACAAAGCCAACCAACAGAUCCUCAAGUGGCUAAAGAGAGAGAGGAUGAACCUAUUUUCCUUAUUGGUAAUGACAUGAGGAAGACAUUAGUUGUGAAAGAUGGUAGCUCCUUUACUAUGAGAGUACCCUUCAAAGGCAAACCUGUCCCGCAUGUGAUGUGGACCAAGGCUGAUGUUGACCUUAGAGUAAGGGCAACAAUUGAUACGACAGACACUUGCACAGCUAUAACAGUUGAACAAGCAACAAGAUAUGACUCAGGAAAAUAUGUUGUGACGCUACAAAACGUGGCUGGAACGGCAGUACUGAACUUAAAUGUCAAGGUACUUGACUCCCCUGGUCCACCAAAACAUAUUGAAAUUAAGGAGGUCACCAAAAGCUCUGCAACAAUUACAUGGGACACACCUGACAAUGAAGGUGGCGGUCCUGUGAAGAACUAUCUUGUUGAUAUCAGAGAAGCCAGCAAAAAAGGAUGGACUAGGCUCACAGACAAUUGCCCACGGAUGACAUACAAAGUGGCUGACCUGACAGAAGGUGGUGUAUACUAUUUCAGAAUCACUGGUGAAAAUGAAUAUGGAAUCGGUGUGCCAUCUGAGACCAAGGAAGGAACUAAGAUUUCAGAAAAACCAAGCCCACCACCAAAACUUGGAGUUACUGAGGUCACUAAGGACAGUGUUGCUCUUGCAUGGAGCAAACCAGAGCAUGAUGGAGGAAGCCGAAUCACUGGUUAUCUUGUAGAAGCGCUUGAAAAGGGAGAGCAGAAAUGGGUGAAGUGCGGUGUUACCAAAUACACCCACUUUGUUGUCAGUGGUCUAAGAGAAGGUGUGGAAUACUUCUUCAGAAUUCGUGCAGAAAACCAUGCAGGUCUGAGUGAUAUCAAGGAUAUGUUCCACCCUGUCCUUGUGAAAGAUCAGCUGGAAUCCCCCGAGAUCAACAUGAAAGAUUUCCCUCGCAAUACUGUCUAUGUUAGAGCUAGAUCAAACCUUAAGGUAGUCAUUCCACUUACUGGCAAACCAACACCUAAGGUGACUCUUACCAAGGAUGGUGCUGUGCUGAAAUCAACUUUGAGAUUCAAUUCUGAAGUGACUCCAGAUAGCCUCAUCAUCACCCUGCGGGAGAGUGUUGCAGUUGAUGCAGGAAGAUAUGACAUCACUGCUUCAAAUUCAAGUGGAACCACAAAGUCCUUUGUCAAUAUAGUGGUCCUUGAUAGACCAAGUGUUCCAGUUGGACCAGUUGAGUUCUAUGACACCACCGAAGACAGCGUUAGCCUGAAAUGGCUUCCACCUGCAUAUGAUGGUGGCAGCCCAAUCACCAACUACAUUGUACAGAAACGUCAAACAACCACCGCUAACUGGGUUGAUGUGUCAUCAGCAGUUGCGAGAUGUACAAUUAAGAUAAUGAAAAUGCACUCUGGAGUUGAGUAUCAGUUCAGAAUCCGUGCUGAAAAUCGACUUGGCAUCAGUGAACACCUUGACUCUCCACCUAUCACAGUAAAUCUCCCCUACACUGUUCCUGGAGCACCAUCUGCACCAUUUGUAUCUCAUGUCACAAGAGAGAGCAUCACUGUUGACUGGAAAGAGCCCUCAUCUGAUGGUGGAAGCCAUGUAUUUGGAUACCACCUGCAGAUGAAAGACAAAAACAGCAUUCUUUGGCAGAAGGUUAACAAGACUGUUAUCCGUGCCACUCAUUUCAAAGUGACUAAUAUUCAUCCUGGCCUCAUCUAUGAGUUCAAGGUUGCUGCUGAAAAUGCAGCUGGCAUUGGUGAAGUCAGCAAGACAUCAGAUGCUGUCCUGGCAAUUGAUGCCUGUGAGUCACCCACUGAUGUUCGUGUCACUGACAUUACAAAGAACUCAAUCACAGUGGCCUGGAAGAGGCCAUCCUACGAUGGUGGAAGUAAAAUCACCGGGUACAUUAUUGAAAAGAGAGAUGGACCAGAUUGUAGAUGGACUAAAGCUAACUUGGCAAAUGUGUCUAGUUGCAAGUUCACUGUGCAAGGUCUAACUCAGGAUGAGUCCUACGAAUUCAGAGUGAUGGCUAAGAAUGCAGUUGGUUCAAUCAGCAAUCCUUCAAGUGCUAUUGGACCAGUUACAUGUGUCGACACAUUCGGUGCUCCUGAGAUUAUAAUGCCCCAAGAAUAUAUGGAGACUGUGAAACAUAAGGCAGGAGCCACAGUUGAGCUUAAGGUUGGACUUAUUGCCAAGCCACAACCAACAAUUGAAUGGUUUAAAGACGGCAAAGAGAUGGAACCUAGUGCCCAGAUAACUUUCAAGCACACCUUCGAGUCUACAAGCCUCGUUAUGAGGGAUGUCACUCGUCUCAACUCUGGAACGUAUGAUAUCAAGAUCAAGAAUUCCUUGGGAUCUGCAUACGGUUCUAUCCGAGUGCAAAUUCAAGACAAACCUGGACCUCCAGCUGGAUCUAUUCAGUUCAAGAAAAUCACUGCUGACAAUAUGACCAUAAUGUGGGAUCCUCCAGAGGAUGAAGGUGGUGCAAUGGUCACCCACUACAUUGUGGAAAAACGGGAGUCAAGCAGAAUUAUGUGGUCAAUUAUUUCUGAGAAAUUGGAGGACUGCAUUGUGUCUGUGCAGAGACUGAUCAAGGGUAAUGAGUACAUAUUCCGUGUGAGAGGUGUAAACAAAUUUGGAGUUGGAGAUGCAUUGGAAUCUGAUCCUGCUGUUGCACGCAACUCAUUCGUUCCUCCAAGUCAACCAUCCAAACCUCUGGUCACUAUGAUCACUAAAUCAACAAUGACUGUAGUAUGGGAAAGACCAACUCUUGAUGGCGGAAGUGAUAUUGAUGGCUAUUACCUAGAAAAACGGGAGAAGAAGAGUCUGCAGUGGUUUAAGGUCAUCAAAGAUCAGAUCCGUGACACCAGACAAAAGGUCAGCAACCUCACUGAGAAUAAUGAAUACCAGUACCGCGUCUGUGCAAUCAACAAAGCUGGAGCUGGUGCCUACUCAGAAGUAUCCACUUUCUACAAAGCUUACGAUCCAAUUGACCCACCAAGUGAACCAACCAAGCUUACUAUCGUUGACUCCACUAAGACGUCUAUUACACUGGGAUGGGUAAAGCCUGUGUAUGAUGGUGGCAGUGAAAUCACCAGCUAUGUUGUUGAACAAAUGAACACUGAAGAGAGGGAAUGGGUUGUGAUUAGCUCCAAGGGUGAAGUGAGGACAACAGAAUUUGUUGCGUCUCAUCUGAAGCCUGGAAUCUAUUACUUCUUCCGUGUCUCUGCUGUGAACUGUGUUGGAGCUGGACGUCCAAUUGAGCUCGUUCAACCAGUCCAGUCAAAGGAUAUCCUUGAGGAAGCUGAUAUCAACCUUGAUAUCUCUAUGACCACUCAGUAUACAGCAAAGGCAGGCAGAGAUGUGGAAAUCAUGAUUCCUCUCAAGGGCAGACCUGCACCAAAUGUCAUCUGGAGGAAAGGAGACAAAAAUAUUGCUAGCGACUCAAGAUAUGCCAUUAAAAACACAGAAUAUUCAACAACUCUGCUAAUACAAAGAGUGACCCGAGAUGAUUGUGGAAAAUAUCUUCUUGAAAUUGAAAAUGGUGUUGGUGAGCCCAAAAUAAUAACUGUCUCAGUUAAAGUACUAGAUUCUCCAUCAGCUUGCCAUAAGCUGAUUUAUAAGAAUGUCACACGAGGCAAGCUCACACUGAGCUGGGAGCCUCCUCACAUAGAUGGUGGUUCUCCAAUUACCAAUUACAUUGUGGAGAAGAAAGAUGCCAAGAUGAAAGCGUACACCAUUAUCACCACUGAGUGUCCCAACUCCACAUACAAGGUUGAUGGUCUUGAAGAGGAUAUAGCUUAUUUCUUCCGCGUUUCUGCAGAAAAUGAGUUUGGAGUCGGGGAUACAUGUGAAACAGCAGAGCCAGUUAGACCCACCGAAACACCAGGACCUAUCAAAAACCUAGUGAUGAAGGAUUCUACCAACACAUCUGUAACUCUGGCAUGGACCAAACCUGAUCAUGAUGGUGGCAGUCAUAUUUCAGAGUACAUAAUUGAAAAGAGAGCCAAAGAAGAAACAACUUGGUCACUUGCUGCUACAUGCAAGCGUUUGAAUUGUGAAGUUAAACACUUGAAAGAGCUUUCAGUGUUGGACUUCAGAGUGUUUGCUAAGAAUGAAAAGGGUCGUAGUGACUUCUCACAAAUUGGGCCCAUCACUGUCAAGGACUUAGUCCUUGCACCUGAGGCCAACCUCAUUGACUAUCCAGGAGGUGAACUAUUUGUUCGUAUCGGACAAAACAUUGUCAUUGAUUUGCCAUUCAAGGGAAAACCCAAACCAGCUAUUUCAUGGAUGAAGGAAGACGUUCCUCUCAAAGAAAGUGAACAAGUUCGCUUUAGGGAGUCAGAGAGCAAAGCUACCCUGACAGUGAGAGGUGCAAGAAAGGAACAUGCAGGAAAAUAUACACUUGUUCUGGACAAUAAACAAGUCAAGAACUACUUUGACAUCAAAGUAUCGACCCUUGGACCACCUACUGCACCAGUUGGACCCAUACGCUUCGAUGAAAUCAAAGCACAGAGUAUAAUCAUAUCUUGGGAUGAGCCACAGGAAGAUGGAGGUGGAGAAGUUACUUGCUACAGUGUUGAGAAACGUGAAACAUCACAAGCAGCGUGGAAGAUCGUUUGCUCUAGUGUGGUAAGGACCUCAUUUAAAAUAACAAACCUGGUCAAAGACACACAGUACCAGUUCAGAGUCCGUGCAGAAAACAAGUAUGGCGUGAGUGAGCCACUGCAUUCUGAGGAUGUGGUUGCCCAGCACCAGUACAGUCCACCAGGUCCACCAGCCAAACCAAUUGUUCUCAAUGUGACAAGUGAUGGUAUGACCGUACAGUGGGCUGCACCAAGCUUUGAUGGAGGCUCUCCAAUCACUGGCUACCACCUUGAAAAGAAGGACAGAAAUAGCCUUUUGUGGAUGAAGGUUAACUCUUCAGUCAUUUCAAAGAGAGAAUACAGGGCCAUUGGUCUGAUUGAGGGUCUGGAAUACUCCUUCAGAGUUUAUGCUGAGAACAAUGCUGGCCUCAGUCCUGUCAGUGAGCAAAGCAAGCACAAAUUGGCCAUCUCCCCUGUUGAUCCACCUGGCACACCCAACUGCAUUGAUGUCACAAGAGACUCUGUCACACUUCAAUGGGAACCACCCAAGCGCGAUGGUGGCAGUAAGAUUGUGGCAUAUAGUGUUGAAAGGCGCCAAGGAAGAAACAAAUGGCUGAGAUGUAACUUCACUGACAUCAGUGAAUGCCAGUUCACCGUCACAGGGCUUUCAGCUGGUGAUCGCUUUGAAUUCAGAGUGAUUGCACGAAAUGCCAUUGGCACAGUCAGUCCACCCUCUCAGUCUUCUGGCUAUGUCAUGACAAAGGAUGAAAGUGUUAUACCUGAAAUCAUCUUCAGUGCAGAGAAGACCCUUACUAUCAAAGCAGGAGAAAACAUCAAACUUCAGUGCAACAUUAGUGGAAGGCCCUUGCCCCAAGUUACAUGGCACAAAGAUGGAAAGGAACUUGACAAGAUGCUUGUUGACAUUACAACCGUUGUUGGAUCAAGCAGCAUCUUCCUCAGAGAUGCCGAUCGCAAUGACCGUGGUAUUUACACUGUUGAGGCUAGGAAUAGUUCUGGCUCAGCAAAGGAGGAUGUUCUUGUUAGAGUGCAAGACACCCCUGGACCUCCCGAAGGGCCUCUAAGAUUCACCAAUAUUUCAGCUGAGAAGGCUACACUCUGGUGGAGCCCACCAGAAAAUGAUGGCUGUGCAGCUAUCACACACUAUGUUAUUGAGAAGAGAGAAACCUCAAGGAUCUCUUGGGCUCUUGUCACAUCCAAGUGUGAAGCUUGCUCAUUCAAUGCCACAAAGUUGAUCAAGGGCAAUGAGUAUCAGUUCCGUGUGUCUGCUGUCAACAAAUUUGGUGUGGGCAAGCCUCUUGCAUCUGAACCCAUUGUUGCAAAGAUGCAAUUCACUGUUCCUGAAGCUCCUGGAACACCUGACUGUACUCAUGUCACAGGAGACAGCAUCACAUUGGUCUGGACAAGACCCAGAUCAGAUGGAGGAAAUGAAAUCAAGCAUUAUAUCCUUGAGAGACGUGAAAAGAAGAGCUUACAGUGGGUGAAGGUGUCGGCGAAGAGGCCAAUCACAGAACUCAGGCACAGAGUAAUCCGUCUCACAGAAGGAUAUGAGUAUGAAUUCCGUGUGAUGGCUGAAAAUGGUGCUGGCGUUGGACCACCAAGCACCACCUCAAGACUCUUCAAGUGCAGAGAGCCAACGACUUCACCAAGUGCACCAUCUGUGGUCAAGGUAUCAGAUUCCACAAAGUCAUCUGUCACUUUGGAUUGGAUGAAACCUGUCUUUGAUGGUGGAAUGGAAAUCAUUGGUUAUGUCAUUGAGAUGUGCAAGGCAAGCCUUGGGGAGUGGCACAGGGUGAACAAUGAAGCCUGUAUCAACACUAAAUACACUGCAAAGGACCUAGAGCCAGGCGAAGAAUACAAAUUCCGUGUGUGUGCUCUUAAUGGAGCAGGAAAGGGAGAACCUUGUGAGAUACCCAACCCUGUAAGAGCAGUGGACAGACUUACAUCACCAGAGAUGGACAUUGGUGCAGACUUCAAACAGACACACAUUGUGAAAAAUGGAGGCACAGUUUGUCUUCACGUUGCCUUCCGUGGAAAACCCGCACCGCUUGCUACCUGGACAAAGAAUGAUGGUGAAAUUGGUGUGAUGGUUGACAUCAAUACAACUGAACAUUUCAGCACCCUGACCAUGGAGAACUGCACUAGGUAUGAUGCUGGCAAAUACACCUUAUCUCUAGAGAACAAUAGUGGCCGCAAAUCUGUUACAUUCACUGUCAAGGUACUAGACACUCCUGGACCACCUGGACCUGUUUCGUUCAAGGAUGUUACAAGGGGAGCCCUCACUAUCAUGUGGGAUGCUCCAAGCAAUGAUGGAGGUUCACGUAUCACACAUUACAUUCUAGAGAAGCGUGAAGCUAGUCGUCUGAGCUGGCAAGAGUGCAGCCGCAAGUGCAAUCGCCAGAUGUUUAGAGUGACCAACCUUGGAGUGGGUGUACCAUAUGUUUUCAGAAUUAUUGCUGAAAAUCAGUAUGGUGCCGGUGAACCUUAUGAGAUGACCGAACCGGUUGUUGCCACCGAAGAGCCUGCUCCACCCCAGAGGCUUGACGUCAUUGACACCACUAGCUCAUCUGCCUACUUGGUCUGGCUGAAACCCGAGCAUGAUGGUGGAAGCCGUAUCACCGGUUACAUCGUUGAGAUGAGAAUCAAGGGCACUGCUAACUGGCUGGUUGCUGGUGAAACCAAAUCUCUGAAGAUGGUGAUAGAAGGUUUGAUGGAGAACUCUGAAUACCAGUUCCGCGUCAAAGCCCAGAAUGAUUCUGGCGUCAGCUACCCACGUGAUGCUCUAACCUCUGUUGUUAUUAAAGAACCUCGUAUCGAGCCCACUGCAGAUCUCAGUGGAAUCACCAAACAGCUUAUCACUUGCAAGGCUGGAAAUUCAUUUACUAUUGAUAUUCCAAUCAGUGGUAGACCAUCUCCUAAAGUAACAUGGAAACUUGAAGAGAUGAAGCUCAAAGAAACAGACAGAAUCUCAAUCAGGACUUCCCAGGAAAGGACCACCCUGGUGGUCAGAGAUAGCAGGAGAGGAGACAGUGGCAGGUACUAUCUCAUCCUGGACAAUGCUGCCGGAACCAAGACCUUCACGGUUAAUGUCAUUGUCACUGGCAGACCAACUCCACCUACUGGACCUCUUGAAAUUUCAGCAAUCACAUCAGAGUCUUGUGUGCUGGCAUGGGCAGAACCCUCAGAUGAUGGUGGAACCGAAAUCACAAAUUACAUUGUUGAGAAACGUGAGUCCGGUAAUACCUCAUGGCAGGUGGUGAAUUCCAGCGUUAAACGCACCACAAUCAAAGUCACUCACCUGACUAAGUACAUGGAGUACACCUUCCGUGUCUCUGCUGAGAACAAAUUUGGUGUGAGCAAAUCUGUUGAGUCCACACCUAUGAUUGCUGAGCAUCCAUUUGUUCCACCAAGCCCUCCUGGUCGUCCUGAUGUGGUGUCAGUGUCUGCUGCUGCCAUCAGCAUUAAGUGGGAUCUGGCUUACCAUGAUGGUGGUAGUCCAGUCACUGGAUACUGGAUUGAGAAGAAAGAGAGGAACACCAUCUUAUGGGUCAGGGAGAACAAGCUUCCUUGCCUUGACUGUCAAUACAAGAUCUCCACACUCAUUGAAGGCCUUGAGUACCAGUUCAGAGUGUAUGCAAUGAACAUUGCUGGUCUCAGUAAAGCCAGUGAGGCAUCUAGACCCGUGGUGGCUCUGAAUCCAGUUGAUCCUCCCGGUAAACCAGAGGUUUAUGACGUUACACGAUCCUCCGUUUCCAUCCAAUGGUCCACUCCAUUCAAUGAUGGUGGCAGCAAAAUUGUGGGAUAUGUUGUUGAGCGCAAGAUCUUCACUGAUGAUGAAGAUGUUCGUUGGUUGAAGUGUAACUACACCACUAUCACAGAAAACUGCUUCACCAUCUCAUCACUCAGUGAGGGAGAGGUGUAUGAGUUCCGUGUGAUUGCCAAAAAUGGUGCUGGUGUCCACAGCAUUCCAUCUGAGACAACAGGACCAGUUACAUGCAAAGAUGAAUACACACCACCCAAGGCUGAGCUUGACAGCAAACUUCUUGGAGAAACGGUUACAGUUCGGGCAGGAUCUGAUGUUGUACUGGAUGCAACUGUCGGUGGCAAACCUGAACCCAAAGUCUUCUGGAGUAAGAGCGAUCAGGAGCUGGAGCUGGGUGAAAAGUAUUCUUUGACAUACACAAGCACCAGGGCCAUGGCCAUCAUCAAAAACUGUGACAGAUACGAUACAGGAAAAUAUGUGCUUACAGUGAAGAAUGCUAGUGGUAUCAAGACAGCUGCAGUGCUUGUCAAAGUUCUUGAUACUCCUGGAGCUCCUGAUGGCUCUAUCACAAUCAGCAGGGUGACUGAGGAGAAAUGUUCAGUUUCUUGGAAGAUACCGCUGGAAGAUGGUGGUGACCCAGUGACCCACUACAUUGUUGAGAGGCGAGAAACUAGCAGACUAAACUGGGUGAUAAUGGAGACAGAGUGUAAGACUCUGUCAUGUGUCAGCAGUAAACUGAUUAAGAACAAUGAGUACAUCUUCAGAGUCAGAGGUGUGAACAAAUAUGGAUCUGGUGUAGCACUGGAGUCGGAGCCUGUCAUUGCAAGAAACGCUUACACUAUUACAUCACCACCUGGAACACCAGAGGUUACUGCUGUUGGAAAGGACCAUGUGAUCAUUGAAUGGAUGAAGCCAGAAAGUGAUGGUGGUAGCGAGAUCAAGAACUACCUUGUGGAUAAGAGAGAGAAGAGCAGUGUUAGAUGGACAAGAGUAAACCGAACAUUCACCAUCUAUGACACAAGACUCAAGAUUUCUGGUCUUCUGGAAGGCAGCGAGUACCAGUUCCGUGUAUCUGCUGAAAACGCUGCUGGACCCAGUCUGCCUGGUGAUGCAUCUCCCUAUGUCCUUUGCAAAGAACCAACAUAUACCCCUGCUCCUCCCUCCGUUCCACGUAUUACUGAUACUACCAAGCACAGUAUCAGCAUGAAAUGGACAAGGCCCAUGUAUGAUGGUGGCUCUGAUGUCAUUGGUUACAUUGUUGAGAUCCUUGAGGAAGGAACAGAGCAAUGGUAUAGGGCUACACUUAAGACCCUGAGCACAACAAAAUUCACUGCAGGCGGCCUGGCAAGUAACAAGAAGUACUGCUUCAGAGUGGCAGCAGUGAAUGCCAUGGGUGUUGGUGAAUUCAGUGAAGGUAGUUCAGAAACAUCACCCUCAGAGAGAGUUGAAAUGCCCGAUUUUGAGCUUCCUGAUGACCUCAAGAAGACUAUCUGCCUGAGAGCUGGAAGUACUCUUCGGCUGUUUGUGAAGAUACUUGGAAGACCAGCACCAGUGGUCACCUGGAGGAAACCCGGUGUGGAACUUACAAGUCGUGGAUAUAUUGAGACAACUGAGUCUUUCACUAGUCUAACUGUUGAAAAAGUGCAUCGUUAUGAUGCUGGCAAAUACAUGGUGGAGGCUGAGAAUCCAUCUGGCAAGAAGAUAUCAACCAUUAUAGUCAAAGUCUAUGAUACUCCUGGACCUCCUGGUGCAGUCAAUGUCAAGGAUUACACUAAAGAAUCGGUUGUAAUCACAUGGGAUGUGCCAACUGUUGAUGGUGGUGCACACAUAAACAAUUACAUCAUUGAGAAACGAGAAGCUUCCAUGAAAUCAUACAAAACUGUUACAACUGAGUGCAGGAAGACUUUAUACAGAAUCACAGGUCUUACUGAAGGAACAUAUUACUAUUUCAGAGUAUUGCCAGAGAAUAUGUAUGGCAUUGGAGAACCUUGUGAAAUCAGUGAACCAGUUUUGGUUUGUGAAGUUCCUUCAAUUCCAGUUGAUAUUCAAGUUGGUGACAUUAACAAAUCUUCUGUCACCCUGCGAUGGGAGAAGCCAUUGUAUGAUGGCGGCAGCAGAAUCACUGGUUUUGUCAUUGAAGCCUGCAAGGUGGGAACAGACCGCUGGAUGUCAUGUGCCACUGUCAAAUCUUCAGUUCAACAACACACUGUGGAUGCUCUGACUGAGAAAGAUCAGUAUCUCUUCAGGGUGAGAGCCUUGAAUAGCAGGGGUGCUAGUGAGCCAAGAGAGAUCACAACACCUGUUACAAUUGAGGAUCAGAAAGCUGUGCCUAAGAUCGAUCUUACCAGCAUUCCCUCAAGAAUUGUCAAUGUACAUGCUGGCAAACCAAUUGUGCUCAAAAUUCCCAUCAAGGGAAAACCUGCUCCAGAUUGUUCUUGGUUCUUCGGUGGUGUCCAGAUGAAGGAUAAGCUUGACUGCAUCAAGAUUGAAACAACUGCCACAUACACCACACUCAAUGUGCGUGAAACAACAAUUGCUGACACUGGUGAUUACACUCUCCAGGUGAAGAAUGAGUCAGGCAUGGCAAGAGAGACCAUCAAAGUCAUUAUUCUUGACAAGCCUGGAAUACCCAUUGGUCCUCUCAGAAUUGAUGAUACUGAUGGAGUAUCAGUCACUGUCAGCUGGGAACCACCAGAGAAAGAUGGAGGUGCUAAUAUCAGUGGUUAUAUUGUUGAAAAGCGUGAGGCUCACCAGCCAGGAUGGUCAACAGUAUCUGAAUCAGUGACAAGAACCACAUAUAAAUUUACUAAACUAACUGAGGAAACAGAGUAUGUGUUCCGUGUUGCUGCAUCCAAUCGGUUUGGCAUGGGACGUUUCUUGCAAUCAGACGUUGUUGAGUGCAAGAGUCCCAAGUCCAUAUCUUCACCACCAAGCACACCAGAAAUACUUGACGUGUCUCAUGAUGGUAUGACUUUGUCCUGGCAACCACCAGAAGAUAACGGAGGUUCCACAAUUGCUGGCUACAAUAUUGAGCGCAAGGAGACCAGAUCGGACAGAUGGAUGCGCAUCAAUAAGAACCCUGUGACAAUGACCAGAUACAGAUCUACUGGUCUGGUGGAAGGUCUUGAGUAUGAGUACAGAAUAAUUGCCAUCAACUCCAGAGGCAAUAGCAAACCAAGCGCAUGUUCUAAACCUGUUAUUGCAAUGGAUCCAAUUGAACCACCUGGUCCACCAGUCAAUCCAAAGGUUACCGAUACCACCAGAACAUCGGUCUCCCUUGCUUGGCUUCCUCCUGAGGAAGAGGGAGGCUCUGUGGUGACUGGUUAUCUGGUUGAGAUGCAGAAGGUUGACCAAGUUGAAUGGACAAAGUGCAACACCACACCAACAAAGAUCUGCGAGUACACUCUGACACACAUGCCACAAGGCGCUGAAUACAAAUUCCGUGUGAUGGCAUGCAAUGCUGGUGGAGCUGGAGAACCUGUCGAAGUUCCAGGAAUUGUCAAGGUCACAGAAAUGCUUGAAUAUCCUGAUUAUGAACUCGACAAAAUGUACGAAGAGGGAUACGUUGUCAGACAGGGUGGAGUUGUCAGUCUGUCUGUGCCAAUUAAGGGCAAACCUCUCCCAACUUGCAAGUGGACAAAGGAAGGCCGUGAUAUUUAUCACAGAGCCAUGAUUGCCACUGGUGAAGAUCGCACUGAGCUUGUUAUUAAGGAUGCUCACAGAGAUGACACUGGCACUUAUGACCUCGUCCUGGAGAACAAAUGUGGCAAGAAGGCCGUUUACAUCAAUGUUAAAGUCAUUGGACGUCCAGACGCGCCUGAAGGUCCUCUUGAAUUUGAUGAUAUCCAGGCACGCUCUGUGAGGGUGAGCUGGAGACCUCCCUCCAAUGAUGGUGGAUCUGAUAUUCUUGGCUACAUUGUGGAGAGACGUGAAGUUCCAAAAGCAGCCUGGUAUACUGUGGAUUCAAGAGUGGUUGACACGUCUCUUGUAGUUAAAGGACUCAAGGAAAAUGUUGAGUAUCACUUCAGAGUAUACGCUGAAAAUCAGUUUGGUGUCAGCAGAUCCCUGAAAUCAGAUGAGUCGGUUACACCCAAAACACCUCUCAGUCCUCCAGAGCCCCCCUACAAUCCUCCAGAGAUCAUGGAUGUCACUAAGACUACCAUUGGUCUUGCUUGGUCGAAGCCCAAAGACGACGGUGGCUCUCGUGUCACAGGAUACUAUGUUGAGAGAAGGGAAGUGUCUACAGAGAAGUGGGUCCGUCACAACAAGACUCACAUCACCACAACAAUGUACACCCUCACCGGACUUAUCCCUGAUGCAGAGUAUGUUUUCCGUGUGGUCGCCCAAAACGACAUUGGUCUGAGUGAAGCUGGAGCUGUUUCUGAAUCAGUUGUAUGCAAAGAUCCAUUUGACAAACCAAGCCAGCCAGGAGAAAUCGACAUCGUCUCCAUUACCAAAGACAGCAUCACCAUCCACUGGCUCCGUCCAGAAUCUGAUGGUGGUAAGGAGAUCCUGGGAUACUGGGUUGAAUACAGACAGGGAGGUGAAAGUGCCUGGAAGAAAUGUGCAAAGGAACGCUCUAAAGACCGUCAGUUUACUAUGGGUGGUCUUGAGGAGGCAACUGAGUAUGAAUUCAGAGUGAUUGCUCAAAAUGAAACUGGUUUGAGCAGACCACGAAGAACUGCCAUGGGAAUAAAGACCAAAUUGAGUGUUGGAGAGGCUCCAGUCCUCAAGGAAGAGAUUAAAGAUGUAACUACUAAGCUUGGAGAACCAGGCACAUUGACCUGCCAGAUUAUUGGCAGACCUCUUCCUGAAAUUAAAUGGUACAGAUUUGGAAAGGAUUUGAUCCAGAGCCGCAAAUAUAAGAUGAGCUCUGAUGGCCGUAACCACUCCCUAACAGUGGUCACAGAUGAGCAAGAAGAUGAGGGCCUGUACACUUGCAGAGCCAUAAAUGAGGCUGGUGAAAUUGAGACCAGUGGCAAGCUCCGUUUGCAGGCAGCACCUCAGUUCCAUCCUGGAUUCCCUCUGAAAGAUAAAUACUAUGCUGGAUCAGGAACAAGCCUUCGCCUCCACGUUGUCUACAUUGGACGACCAAUCCCAUCAAUCAUGUGGUUCUAUGGCAAGAAGCCUCUGAAUCCAUCCGAGAAUGUCAUCAUUGAGAACACAGAGAGUUACUCUCAUCUUGUGGUCAGAAAUGUCCAGCGUAAGACAAAUGCUGGAAGAUACAAAGUGCAGUUAACAAAUAAAUUUGGCACAGUUGACACAUCUCUGCGUGUUGAAAUCCAAGAUAAACCAGUCAUCCCUGAAGGACCAAUUGUAGUUGAAUCUAUUCUUAAGAGCGCUGUGGUUAUCAGCUGGAAGCCACCAAAGGAUGAUGGCGGUGCAAUGAUUACCAACUACAUUGUGGAGAAGCGUGAAGCCAAAGAGGGAGAGAAGUGGCAUCUUGUGUCAUCCUCAAUUUCAGGAACAACUUGCCGUAUUCCAAAUCUGACUGAGAAUGCUGGAUACUACUUCCGUGUGUCUGCACAGAACCAGUAUGGCAUCAGUGGCGCACUCGAAAUUCCAGCUGUCCUCAUCCUCAAAAGUCCAUAUGAAAAACCUGGAAUUCCUCAACAGCCUGUUGUUACAGAGGUCACAAGGGAUUCUUGUAUUGUAUCUUGGAAGGCUCCAUCUAGCGAUGGUGGUGCCAAGAUCAAAGCUUACUACCUUGAAAAGAGGGAAAAGAAACAGAAUAAAUGGAUCGCUGUUACAACUAAUGAAAUCCAGGAGACCCAUUAUGAGGUUACAGGACUCCUUGAGGGCUUUGAAUAUGAAUUCCGUGUGAAAUGCGAAAACAUUGGCGGUGAGAGUGACUGGAGUGAGAAAUCAGAGCCCAUCAUUCCAAAGUCGGAACAGAAACCUCGUGCUCCAAUGUUCAAGGAAGAAAUAAGAGACAUGACCGUGAAAUAUAAAGCACAUGCUACCUUUGUGACAAAGGUUGUUGGACAUCCAAAACCUGUCAUUAAAUGGUACAAAGGUGGCAAAGAAAUUCUACCAGAUGGAAAGAAGAUCAAGGGGCAAGAAUUCAAAGGAGGAUACUACCAACUUGUUAUCUCUGAUGCUGAUGAGGGUGAUGCUACCACUUACCAGAUUAGAGCAACAAACUCAAAAGGAUCCAUUUCAACAACUGUGAAUUUGGAUGUUGAAAUUCCUGCAAGGAUCUACCUACCCCAGGAUCUGCAAGGCUUUGGAGCUGUCCAUGCUGUUCGUGGCGAAGUGGUCACAAUCAAAAUUCCAAUCAGUGGAAAACCUGAGCCUGCAGUGACAUGGCAGAAAGGAAAAGAGAUAAUUGACAACACUGCAUAUCAUCAAGUGAUAGUCACAAGAUCCUUUACUUCUCUUGUAUUCCCUAAGGGAGUCCAAAGGAAGAGUGCAGGUUACUACAUCUUAACAGCAAAGAACAGAUUUGGAGUUGACAAACAAACCAUUGAACUGGAUGUCGCUGAUGUACCCGGACCACCUAAAGACAUGAUUGUCAGUAAUGUAUCAAGAGAUUCUCUCACUUUCACAUGGAGUCCUCCGGCAGAUGAUGGUGGCACCCCAAUAAUUAAUUACAUUGUGGAGAAGUGUCCCACUACAGGUGAAAGAUGGAUCCGUGUGGGAACAACAACUGAAACUACAUUAACUGUAAUCAAUCUCUUUGGCAAGACCAAGUACCAGUUCCGUGUCAUUGCUGAAAAUAGAUUUGGUGUGAGCGAACCAUCUCAGCCUACAGAGCCUGUGACCACAAAGGAGGACAAAUCAACUAUCAGAAAUUAUGAUGAUGAAGUGGAUGAGGCUAGGGAAGUGACCAAGGAAGAAGUCCCUAAUUCCAAGGUGAAGCUUGUGCCUACUCUUUACAACAUUGCUGAGGAGUUUGCCCGCUCUGGACAUUUUGGCACAGUUCAUCGCUGUGUUGAAAAAAGUUCAAAGAAGACUUUCUUGGCCAAAUUCAUUAAAGUGAAAGGUGCAGAUCGUGAGUUGGUGGUUAGAGAGGUUGAGACCCUUAACCUGGCCAGACACAAGAAUAUUCUGUAUCUGCAUGAGACCUUUGAUAGCCUGGAGGAAUAUGUUUUGAUCUACGAAUUUUUGUCUGGUGUUGACAUAUUAGACCGUCUUGGCACCUCUACCUUUGACCUGACAGAACAGGAAAUUGUACGCUACAUGAGACAGGUCUGUUCCGCUCUUCAGUUCUUGCAUAGUCACAACUACGGUCACUUUGACAUUAGACCUGAAAACAUCAUCUAUACCACAAGAAAGAGCUCAACCAUCAAGAUUAUUGAAAUGGGCCAGGCAAGACUUCUGACUCCUGGAGAAAAUCUUAGGAUCCAGUUCAGUGCAGCUGAGUACUAUGCACCUGAAAUCCACAAACAUGAUUUGGUUUCUACAGCAACAGACAUGUGGUCAGUUGGUGUUCUGGCAUAUGUGCUUCUCAGUGGCCUUAAUCCAUUCGCCGCUGAGUCUCAGCACAAGAUGGUUGAAAAUAUUACAAAUGUGGAGUACAUAUUUGACAAUGAUGCAUUCAGAGACAUUAGCAUUGAAGCUAUGGACUUUGUGGACAGACUGAUUGUUAAGGAGAGGAAGAAACGUAUGACUGCCUUUGAGGCACUUGAACAUCCUUGGCUCAAGAUGAAGAUUGAAAAUGUCAGCAAAAAAGUGAUCAAAACCUUGAGACACAGAAGGUACUACCAGACAUUAGUGAAGAAGGAAUGGAGCACUGUGAUCUCAGAAGCACGUAUUGCCUAUGGUGGUGCUUACAGAAGCCAAAAGGGUCUUACAGUUGAAAGAGUGAAGGUUGGAAUUCCUGAGGAAGGCCUGAGACCAGGACCUGUCAUGCAUGGUUCUGCUGAGGAAGGUGGUCAUGUGAGAUUCACAUGCAGCAUCGCAGACUAUGACAGAAACACAGAGGUGACAUGGUACCAUGGUUCUCGCAAGCUAGUCGCAAGUCAUAAGUAUGAAAUCAGCUAUGCUAAUGGAUUUGCCAGCAUCUAUGUGAAGGACAUAGAGGAAUCAGAUGAUGGCUUGUACAGAUGCAAAGUUGUUAAUGAGGAGAGGGAAGAAAAUUCCUAUGCAGAGAUCUUUGUGGAAAACGUAAGAUCUCUUCGUGAGUACUACCUGGGACGCACAGUUAAGAAACUGAGGAAGAGGAUUGAUCAAGCUAAACUUCUUCACAGGCCUCCUGAGUUCACACUACCUUUGUACAACCGUACAGCAUACAUUGGUGAAGAUGUACGGUUUGGAGUUACAAUUACAAUCCAUCCAGAGCCACAGGUAACUUGGUUGAAGGCUGGACACAGAAUCAAACCUGAUGACAGCAAGUACACCUUUAUAAGUGACAAGGGUCUCUAUCAGUUGCUUAUUCACAAUGUUGGACUUGAUGAUGAUGCUGAGUACACUGUCAUGGCUCAUAACAAGUUUGGUGAGGACAGCUGCAAGGCCCGCCUCACAGUAACCCAUCACCCUGUUGUUGAAGAGACAAUGAGGCCCAUGUUCAAGCGCCUUUUGGCAAAUGUGGAAUGUACUGAAGGAGAAAGCGUCCGCUUUGACCUGAGGGUGUCUGGAAUUCCAUCACCAACCCUGAAGUGGGAGAAGGACGGCAAACCUCUGGAAUUCAGACCACAAGUUGCAGUUGUUCAAGAAAGUGCAGACUACCAUGUUCUCCACAUUCGAGAAACUCUUAUUGAGGACUCUGGUACAUAUAGAGUCACUGCAACAAACUCAUCAGGAUCAACAACCUGCCAGGCCACACUUAAGGUUGAUCGUCUUACAUAUACCAGGAGAGAAUUUAAGAGUGAAGAUGAAAAACAAAAAUAUGUUCAGAACCAAAUCAAAAAGACACUGAAGAUGGCACAGCACUUCUCAAGCACAGAGGUUGAGACAACACUCAAUCUAGCUGCACAGGAAGCUUUAAAAGAAGUUGCUGAAUUAUACAAACCAGCAUUCAGCACAAAGAAUGUCCAGGGUGAAUUUGACAUUACAGUCGAUAAGACAGCAAAGAAAAUACAGGUAGAAGAGAAGAGAAUCCGUAUGCCCUAUGAAAUUCCAGAACCUCAGGCUCAUGAUCCAACUGUUCUUGAGGAGGACAUGGGUAUCAAACACUUUGUUCCCUUGUCUGAAAUGAAGUGGUACAAGAAGCUUCGUGAUGAGUAUGUAGUACCUGAACGCAUGGAGAGAAUUGUGCAGAAGAGACAACGCCGCAUUCGGCUUUCCAGAUGGGAGCAAUUCUAUGUUAUGCCACUCCCAAGAAUUACAGACCAGUAUAGGCCAAGGUUCCGUAUUCCUCAUCUCACGCAAGACGAUCUUGAAACUGUAAGACCAGCAAGGAGAUCGCCUUCACCUGAAUCGGUGGCAUCCUUCAGACAGAGAAGAAGGUCUCUUGGAGAUAUGUCUGAGGACGAACUUCUUCAGCCUGUGGAUGAAUAUCUGAAAUCAAAGAGAACUGAAGAAGAGCAGCAGAUGCUUGAGGAGGAGCUUGAACUAGGCUUCUCUGCCUCCCCACCAAGUGGCAGUCCAGUACGCUUUGAACUGUCUUCACUGCGCCGUGCAUCACCAAGGGCUGUUGCAAUGGCUGAGAUGAAGCAUGAGGAAAAGAAAGAGCGCACCACUGUUGCUCAGUUCCUAAGGAGAAGAAGGUCUUUGUCACCAACAUACAUUGAGCUGAUGCGUCCAGUGUCUGAAUUGAUAAGACCUCCUCGAACUCGCCCUGCAGUGGAAGUUGAGGGAGAGGCUAUUGAGAGAAGAUCACCAACCCCUGAAAGAACACGUCCUCGCUCUCCUAGCCCUGUUUCCACAGAGAGGUCAUCCAGGUCAUCCUCAAGGUUUGAGAGAUCUGCCAGAUUUGACAUCAUGUCAAGAUAUGAAUCAAGGAAAGCAGCUCUUAAAUCUGAGAGAAAAUACCAGGUUGUUACUCAGACACCAUUCAGCCUUGAUCAUGCUCCACGUAUUACUGUGAGAAUGCGUUCUCAUCGUGUGCCAUCUGGUCAGAACACAAAGUUCACAUUGAAUGUCCAAGCCAAGCCAGAGGCAGAAAUCAAAUGGUAUCAUAAUGGACAGGAAAUUCAAGAGAGCAGCAAGUACCAGUUCACAGAUAUGAGUGGAGUUCUGUCUCUAAAAGUCCUUGAGUGCAUUGCAGAGGACAGUGGAACAUACCGUGUUGUCGCCACAAAUUCAAAGGGAGAGGCAUCCGACUAUGCCACCCUUGAUGUUUCAGGUGGAGAAUUUUCCACAUAUUCCUCUCGCCGUAAAGAUGAGGAGACCCCUGCAACAUUUGUCCCAGAUGUCACAAAAACUGACUACUACCAUGUAUCAUCAGUUAGAGCUUCUUCCUCAUCAAGAACUCACCUUGAGAUCAAAGAAACCUCAACAAAGUUCAUGGAAAGACGUGAGGUAUCGGCUUUAGAGUAUGCUGCAGCAGAGAGGUUGGCAUCGUCACCAAUAAGAUAUGCUUCAACUGAAUACUUGUCUUCUGCAUCUUAUUCAUCAUCUGAAAAGUUUGCUGCUACAAAAACAAAGACAAAAGUAGUUGAAGAGGUUAAGAAGGUUAAGGCCACACUAUCUGCAAGAAUCCUUACAAAGCCUCAGUCAACUACAGUUUCUAUUGGGGAGACAGCAAGAUUCACAUGUGAUAUUGAUGGUGAACCAGCACCAAGAGUGACAUGGUUGCACGAAGGAACUACCAUUGUGUCCUCACAUCGUUACCAGGUGACUACAACACAGUAUAAGUCUACAUUUGAAAUCACCUCGGUUGAGAUUUCUGAUGAGGGCAGCUACACAGUGAUAGUGGAGAACUCAGAGGGCACUCAAGAAGCAAGAUUUACUUUGACCAUCCGUAAACCACCACCUAAAGAGGAGGUUGUUGCCCCACCUCCAAGUGUGAAGUCUCCUGAGCCUGAGGUAAAAUCCCCAGAACCUGCUCAGGUUACCUCACCAGAGCCCCGAGUCAAAUCACCUGAGGUGAAGUCACCAACCCCAAUCAAGUCUCCUGAGCCAGUGACCUCACCCCAGAGGGUGGCAUCCCCACCAACGGUUAAAUCUCCAGAGCCCAUUACAUCACCUGCAAGGCUCAAAUCUCCAACACCGAUCAAAUCCCCAGAACCAGUGACCUCACCGCCAAGGGUGAAAUCUCCAACGACUGUCAAAUCUCCUGAACCAAUUGCUUCACCUACAAGAGUGAAGUCUCCAACGACUGUCAAAUCUCCUGAACCAAUUACUUCACCACCAAGGGUGAAAUCUCCAACAACAGUAAAAUCACCUGAACCAAUCACCUCACCUCAAAGGGUAAAAUCUCCACCAACUGUAAAAUCUCCAGAGCCAAUCACUUCACCACCAAGGGUGAAAUCUCCAACAACAGUAAAAUCUCCAGAACCAAUCACCUCACCACAGAGAGUGAAAUCUCCUCCUACUGUAAAAUCUCCAGAGCCAGUUGCUGCACCUCCAAGAAUCAAAUCUCCAGUGCCAAUUGCUUCACCUCCAAGAAUCAAAUCUCCAGUGCCAAUUGCUUCACCACCAAGAGUGAAGUCCCCAACCACAGUCAAAUCACCAGAACCAAUUACUUCACCAAUGAGGGUGAAAUCCCCACCCACAGUCAAAUCACCAGAACCUAUCAUGUCACCUAAACGGGUAAAGUCCCCAACACCAGUUAAAUCUGCCCCACCAAAGAUUGUUCAGCAGCUUAAAGCAGAGGCUGCUGAGGACAAAGUGAAAAUGUACUGUGUUGCUGAAAGCAUGGUGAAGGAAGUUGUGUGGUACAAAGGCAGCAAAAAAUUGACACAAGGCAGUCACUAUCAAAUUCAAACUUCUGCCGACGGAACCUGCUGUCUGUUUAUCUAUGACGUCUCUGAGAGUGACCAAGGUGAAUACACCUGUGAGAUUACUACAGAAGGUGGAAUGUCCAAAACAUCAUUCUCCUUCACUGGCCAAGUGUUCCAGAGCAUAUACUCAAAGGUUACAGCUUUUGUAGCAACGCACAUGGCAAUUCAACAAUCUGUAAAGACCUCUGAGGUCAUGAGUCAUGGAUUCCAAGAGUCAUCUGAAAUGAUGGUCAUGAAAGAAAGUUCCGCUUUUUCAUCCAAAUCUGUCCACAUGGAGAGCUCUGUUCAAGAGUCCUCAUUUAGCAGUUCCAGCAUGGCUGAAAUGAAGUUGGCUGAAAUGAAGUUCGAAACAAUGUCUCAAUCCAGCAUGUCCUCAAUGACAUCUGAGUCUGUUUAUGCCAUGAGUUCAAGUAUGUCAAUGUCAAGUCACUCACAUGUAGAGGGGUCCUCCAUGAGAGCCAUGCUGCACAGUGGGCAAGGCUCAGCACCCAGAAUCGAAGCCCUCCCUGAGGAUAUCAGCAGUGAAACAGGGAAAGUCCUUACCGUUGCCUGUGCUUUCUCUGGAGAGCCCAUCCCUCACAUUGAGUGGUCCCGCUCAGGAAAGAAACUGCCUGGUGAGGAGCAAAGUGGCAGAUUCCACAUUGAGACCACAGAAGACCUCACCACACUCAUCAUCACUGGUGUCAAAGAGAGUGAUGCUGGUGCAUACACCCUUAAACUUUCCAAUGAGCAUGGAUCUGACACAGCAACUGUCACCAUUAGUAUUCGAUCAGUGUAAAAGCAAUAUGAUUAUUUCUAAUCCCCCUCCCUCUUUAAGUGCCUUUUUAUUUAUUAAAUGAGCAAAAAAUCUUUACUUGAUAAAUACCUGGAUUACUGUUCCUGUAAAUAUGAACUAUUUUUAUACCAAACUUGACAUUAAUUUAUGCCAAACUAGACUAAAGUCUAAAGUUGUUAUAAAAUGUGCCAUAUUGGAUAAUUAUGACUUAGGAUUUUUGGAUCCAUUUUUCUGUGACAUGUACAUAAUGUAUAUAGCCGAAUUUAACGGUUAUGGGAAAUGUAUGAAUUGUUAUUUAUGACAAUAUUAACUGAAACAAAAGGAACUAAAUGUUUAAUAGGAGAAAGUUUCGCAUGAAACGAAUACCCUGUUAAACCUGAAACUAAACUCUGUGCCUCAACAAAAAGUUGAAGUCUUAAGAUUGCCUCAACAGGUAGAGAGGCUCCCUGUUGAUGUUUUACUAAAUCUGAGAGACAAUAUAAUAUUCACUGUAUGCUUAUACAUGCAGCGAUAUUACCGUACUCUUAUGAAAUGUUACUUGACCAUAAGACCUUGAGUGCUGUUUGCAUAUUACCCUCAUGUAAGCAGGACAACUAGGCCUUGUGUUCAGACUGACUGUGUCAUACCACCAUUUUAAUGACAUGCUCAAAGUGCGAGCGGCCUGCACUUCUUGAGCAAAAGUUUUUAUGUGCUCUGUGUCUGGCAAAGGACUGCUUGAAUAUACUUUCAAAAACAACAUCACCUGGCCAUAAAACAUAAAAAGUAUAUCUUGUACUUCUUUGCAGAGGCAGAGCCUCCUCUUGGAGGAUUGCUUUGUGCAUCAUGUGUGUUUGUGUGUUAGCUUUAGAAUUUCACCCUGUCAGUCGUUGGGGCAACUAUCAAGAAAUUGUACCACAGUAACAACACCUGCUGUGCAAAGAUGACUUAACAAAAGUAACUAUAUGCCCUACAUUUUGGUUUGAUUAACUUUAGUAUUGUAGUAUUAAUUAUAUUAUGCAACCUCCUUGAGUUUUAUUAUUAUUGAUUCAAUAAAGCAUGAUUUCAGCACAUA